AUGAAUGCACAAGCAGUGCUCAUAACUGUCACGCAGAAGCAGUCUGUAGCAAUACAGAUGGUUCAUUCACUUGCACUUGAAACCAAGGAUACACACUCUCAAUUUCUGUGUAAAGUUUGUACGUUCAGUUUUAAACUCUCCACCCCAAAACACACCAUGUUUUCCUUUUUGCAAUGAGAUGCCUAAACAGUCGUGUAAAACUGCCCCAGAAAACAAUCUGCUUGAGCACUUACCCAAUUUUUGUACCCAUUUCAUGUUGUGCUCAUACAACUUGUCUCAAUAAAUUAUGGUAUAUUCUCAGAUGUUGACGAAUGCCAGGAUGGGACUCACAACUGCGACUCAAACGCUCUGUGUAACAACAGCGUUGGUUCGUUCACAUGUGCCUGUUUCCAAGGAUACUCAGGAAGUGGGACAGUCUGUUCUGGUAAGUUAAAGGGUUAACAAUGUCCUAGUGAUCAUGUGAUCAUAUUGGCCUCAUAGAGGUUGUACGUGUGAUGGAGUCGGUGUUGUAUCAAAUUGCAUUAUAGGACUGUUUUGGGAACAAAAUUCCCACAUAACAACAAUCUGAUUGGUUUGCAGGAAGCGACAGUGCCUCCCCAAACAGUCCCGCGAUGCAAUUCGACGCAUGGCCGACCCAGUCUUUCGCACAACCUUAACAAAAACUAAAAAGCACUUAAUUUGGGUGUUAAUUUUUUUGGCACUAAAGUACUAAUUAGUAAACUAUUAUUACGUCUUGUACUGGAGACGGGACGUCAUGCGAGCCAAGCGAAGGUCUAGCCGUUUACAGGGCAAAGGCAAUACCUUCAUUUCUCAGUUAUUUUAAGACCAUAAGUAUUGGUUCCGCCCUGGGAAUCGAUGCUAGUCCUCCCGCUUUGCAGCCAAUUGUUCUACCGACUGAGCUAAUACAGCGUCGGUUCAAAAAUAUCAAUUGAAUAUUCACCUAAGACUACUGAAGAAAAGAAACCACCCUUUCAAAAGUGUUCAGUUAAGACACUACCUAGGAUUUAAGAUUGAAAAUGUAGCUAAAAGUUAAUAGUAACUGCCUUGUGUUAUCUUGGUGUUUCGAAUCUGAACUGAGAUUAACUAGAUUAGUUGCACCGCCACGUUUGAAAAAAGACAUUGUUUCAUCGAGGUGUCAAUCUAUGUUUCACUAUAAUAAUUAUGAAGAUAGGUUUUGUUGGUUUUGAUUAUUAAUAUGUCAUGAUUAUGAGCCUUAAAGGCUUCAUAAAAUCUGUUUCAUUUGCUUCUAUGGCUAAAAUAACACGAAAUAUGAUUAGAUAUUUCUGUUCAUGGUAUUUUCAAAACUCCAUUUCAUGGCCAUAACCACAACCAUCAAAAUCAACCAUCCAAUGACCAUCAACUGGCGUGAUACAACUCCCUUUGACUCUGAAGACGACUAACGCACAGAAACGUCAGUCAUGCACUCUCAAAAACAGUUCUUUCAUGGACUACGCUCACUCGGACGGUCACACGCCAAACCUUUCACAGUUUUACCAUUUUUAUUGUGUUGUAACAGAUAUUGAUGAAUGCACAACAAAUGCGCACGACUGUCACUUGGAUGCGACGUGCAGCAAUACAGGUGGUUCAUUCACUUGUAUCUGUAAGCAAGGUUACUCCGGGGAUGGAAAACAGUGCGACGGUAUGUUUGUAAUCUUAGUAUCAAGAAAACGGAAGAUUCUAUGUUGACCCGGGUGUUGCGGGAAAGGGAGAAUUGUGUGGCUGGGUGGUGAUUGCCAAGCGAAUAGUAAGGUUUUUCUUCGUUAUUUCAAAAAUGACGUUCUGCAAUCGUAUCUUUUUUACUUAUCGGUAAGCAUAUUAGGUAAACAAAGCGCACAAAUGAAAAACGACUUUUAAAAACAAAUUUUAACUUUUGCUUUUUUAACAAAUUUUAACUAGCUUUUGACUGUUGGAUUGUAAAUGUUGCUUCGAAUAAUUUUACUUUGCCUCCUAAAAUAAACAUUUCAAUCAACUGUUCUGCCUUUUGUUUAAACAACAUUUAGCCUGUUUUUGCUUUCUAUAGUAUAUUCCAAACCCGAUAAUAGCGGAGUGUUCGCGCGCGCGGCGGAGCCCCAUUGCUAAGAUAAAUUUGUAACCUAUGAGAGCAAGAAAAUUCGUUUAUGACGUAGCGUACGAACGCCGACCGUCCGUACACCCACUGCAUGUAAGUCGAUGCCAAAUUUAUGGUUAUUUUGGCGGGAAAGCUUAUGGCCACCCACGUCUUGUGAAGCAGACACGACUAAAGAGUCAAUGAAGACGAGAACGGAAAGCGGAAAAUGUUUCCGUAACCGUGUUGUCUAAAGUAUUAAGCUUAGAUUAAUUGUCAUGUCCGCAAAUCUGGAAUAUAGAGAAAGAGAAUUAAAGACAGAGAAAAAGAGAAAGUAGGGCGAGAGGCCAGCAAACUCAACGCCGGAGAUGUAGAGCUAGAGCUAGAGAGAAAAAACAAAGGAGACAUUUUUUGUUGGAGGAACAACAUGAAAUUUUGUAGCGGCGGUGAGAAAAUGAGCGAUGCUAGCGGCAACCAGGGUGAAAAGAACGAUAGCGAAAAAAAAAAAGAGAAAAACACGUACGACAUUUCCUCCACAAAUCGUGUAACCGGGAAGUUUCUGGAAGUUUCACGUUGUAGUCGUGCAAAAAAGCGGCAAAGAAAUGAACAUAAAAAGUGUGCUGCACGUGUAAAGUUGCUUUUUUUGCUAAUUAGACCCAUUGUUGUGUUUCACACGAUUUUAUAUUUUGUUUGAACAAACCAUAAAUAUUAUCGAGAGCUUCGCUUUUAACCCUUACUAAAUCUGUACAUUACAGUGUGUACAAUUAACCUUAUAAAAUAUAGGUGGCGUAGGUGGGCCCUGGGUUAUUUGUUUGGGAAGAAUUUGUUUUCCAGGCCUAAUCUACUGUGAUCAAGAGCUGUUGAUUAUGGUUCUUGACUCAGCGAAGAUGAUUGCUAUUUUUUGGGUGUACAUAUAAGGCUAUUAAAUCGAUGUAAGCUUUGCUUCUGACUGUUUGCAAAUAAUUUUUCUCUAAAAUCACUAACCCUUUCCCUCAAAAGUCACAUGAUUUUGGCCUAAUGUGUUUGAUUUAAAUUAUAAAUUUAUUAAUGGGAGCUUGGCUUUUAGCCCUGGCUGAAUAUAUGUAUAUAUUAGUUUUAUCAUGUUAGAUGCAAAAGUAUUGAAACCUGGAUCUUUAAUGUAAACGAAAACAACUUACCGGGCCCGUUAAUUAUAGGGACUUUCGAGAAAGGGGCCCCAGGACCCAACUCACUUGUAGGCCAAAAUAAGGCCCGCAAGGCUGAAAAAUUAUUUUCGAGAACGGCCCCCCUGACUGGAUGCGCGUCUUCCCAUUUACCAAAAGAUCUGAAUCUGUCACUAAUUACCCCUAGCUAGAGACGCAGCGAAUCUUUGACAGUGAUCACACGAAGUGUCUUUCUCAGUUCAAUUCUAUGAUAUUGGUUCCAAACUAAGUUCUUUACGGAUUGUUUUCUGUAAGGCGCCUACUUGCAACAACAAGUAUUCUUGUGAAGUCCUCCAGCUUGUGUUGUAAAUCAUCCCUGAAAAGCCGCCAUCUUGAGGAGUGGAUAACUACAGGUAGCCCAAGAUCGAAAUAUGACCAUCGGCAUCGUUCGUAAUCUUCAAGAUAUAAGAAUUUUAAGAGGGAAAAAUACGAUUCUUUCUGCAACCUAGAAAUGAGUAAGGAUUUGAAAAUCAGCUAACCACAUUCAGUUGCAUGUUUCUUUCUUUCCUUUGUGAUCCUCGACUCGACCUAGGGCUAUUUUAUGGCCUUUUUUUACAACUGGUGUGGUAAUUGAAUGUAUGCAUAUAUUUGUUAGCAAUUGAGUUUUUCAGAAAGGCAAAUGAAACUAUUGUGUUGUGACAUACAUGGCACGAUGUUUGUGUUUUUAUGGUAAACGACACUGGAUUUUUUACAGAUAUCAAUGAAUGCACGAUCAGUGCUCAUGACUGUCACGCAUAAGCAGUCUGUAGCAAUACAGAUGGUUCAUUUACUUGGAGUUGUAACCAAGGAUACACAUUCUCAAUUUCUGUAUAAAGUUUAUACUUUCAGUUUUAAAUCUCUCCACCCCACAACACACCAUGUUUUCCUUUUUGCAAUGAGAUGUCUAAAUAGUCGUGUAAAACUGCCCCAACAAACAAUCUGCUUGACUACUUACCCAACUUUUGUACCCAUUUCAUGUUGUGCUCAUACAACGUGCCUCAAUAAAUUAUGGUGUAUUCUCAGAUGUUGACGAAUGCCAGGAUGGGACUCACAACUGCGACUCAAACGCUGCGUGUAACAACAGCGUUGGUUCGUUCACAUGUGCCUGUUUCCAGGGAUACUCGGGAAGUGGAAUAGUCUGUUCUGGUAAGUUAAAGGGUUAACCAUGUCCUUUUGAUCAUGUGAUCUUAUUGGUCUCAUAGAGGUUGUACGUGUGAUGGAGUCGGUGUUGUAUCAAAUUGCAUUAUAGGACUGUUUUGGGAACAAAAUUCCCACAUAACAACAAUCUGAUUGGUUUGCAGGAAGCGACAGUGCCUCCCCAAACAGUCCUGCGAUGCAGUUUGACACAUGGCCGACCUAGUCUCUCGCAAACCUUAACAAUAACUAAAAAGCACUUAAUUUGGGUGUUAAUUCUUUUGGCACUAUAGUACUCUAUACAACCUCUGUUUGACUUUGACGUACUUUCAGUACAAAGGCAAACACUACAAACAGUUACACGGUACAGCUAUAGACUCUACAGUUUCUGUUGUUGUAGCGGAAAUUGUCAUGCAAAACAUCGAGGAACAAGCCCUAGCUACCUACGCGCGAACUGUACCUCUUUGGUUACGUUACGUUGACGACACAUUCACCGCCGUACACAAAGACGGAAUCGAUGAUUUUCACGAACACCUUAACAGACAGAACGCGGACAUACAGGUCACCAAGGAGAACGAAGAAAAUGGUAAGAUACCUUUUCUAGACUGCUUGGUCACUCGCGACAACAACAAACUAAAAACGACUUUAUACAGAAAACCGACACAUACCGACCGAUUACUAGACCAGUCUUCGUACAACCAGACCUCUCACAAGGCUACUACUAUCCGAACUCUGAAGAGACGAGCGCAACUAGUUUGUAACUCACCUGACAGCCUACAAGACGAGACUCAUUAUCAUAACAACGUUUUUAGUAAGAACAAUUAUAACACGGACUUUGUUAGACGGAACACUCACGGUAACACUGAUUCCAACGCUCAGACCAACUCUGGCCCUGUUACGACAGCGACUAUACCGUACAUCAGAGGCACCUCUGAAACUAUUGCACGUAUAUUACAACCUUACAAUAUACGUGUUGCACACAAACCGAUAACCACUUUACGGCGACUGCUUACUAAUGUCAAGGACAAAGACAAACCGGAGGACAGACAGGGAGCAGUAUACAAGAUCAAAUGCUGCGACUGCCAGGCUUCUUACAUUGGUGAAACCGGCAGAAACCUAAGCACGCGACUGACCGAACACAAACGAGCUACGAAGAAUGGUGACGUCAACAAUCACAUUGCUGAGCACCAUUUAAAGACGAAACAUCAAAUUGACUGGGACUCUGCGACGUGUAUAACGUAUUCUACUGACUACUAUCAACGUCUUACUUUAGAAAGUUGGUUUACUAACUUAGAACAAACGCCACUGAAUCGUAGCCAACAGUUACCAGCGCCGUACAAACGACUUAUUGACGAGAUCAAGCAAAACUAACUACGAGAGAAUGACAAUUUGACUAACAAUAGACGACUGUUUAACUGUGACAAUAGACGGAUCGAAACGCACCAAUUACUGAUUACGAGUCUUCAUAGCCAAUAACAUCACGGCUUAACUGACAGACGACCAAUAACAUUACGACGUAAUUGACCAAUCAAAUCAAUAACCAGAGUAUAAUAUCAUCAACUGACGUGAUACAACUCACUUUGACUCUGAAGAUGACUACCACACAGGUUGUCGAAACGUCAGUCACUGUCAACAACAACAGUCCUAUUCAGGACUACGUUCACCCGGACGAUCAAACUCAACCUACUUUUGAAAUGACUCCUGGGUUCAAACCUUUCACACUAUAGUACUAAUUAGUCAACUAUUAUUACGUCUUCUACUGGAGAUGGGACGUCACCCGAGCCACGCGGAGGUCUAGCCGUUUACAGGGCAAAGGCAAUACCUUAAUUUCUCAGUUAUUUUAAGACCAUUUGUAUCGGUCCCGCCCUAGGAGUCGGUGCUACGUCGUCCCGCUCUGCAGCCAAUUGUUCUACCGACUGAGCUAAUACAGCGUCGGCUCAAAAAUAUCACCUAAGACUACUGAGGAAAAGAAACCACCCUUUCAAAAGUGUUCAGUUAAAACAGCACCUAGGAUUUAAGAUUGAAAAUGUAGCUAAAAGUUAAUAGUAACUGCCUUUUCUUAUCCUGGUAUUUCGAAUCUGAACUGAGAUUAGCUAGAGUUACACCGCCACGUUAAAAAAAAACAAUGUUUCAUCGAAGUGUCAAUCUAUGUUUCACUACAAUAAUUAUGAAGAUAGGUUUUGUUGGUUUUGAUUAAUAAUAUGUCAUGAUUAACAGCCUUAAAGGCUUCAUAAAAUCCGUUUCAUUUGUUUCUAUGGCUAAAAUAACACGAAAUAUGAUUAGAUAUUUCUGUUCAUGGUAUUUUCAAAACUCCAUUUCAUGGCCAUAACCAUCAACCAUCAAAAUUAACCAUCCAAUGACAAUCAACUGGCGUGAUGCAACUCCCUUUGACUCUGAAGACGACUAACGCACAGAAACGUCAGUCAUGCACUGUCAAAAACAGUCCUUUUCAGGACUACGCUCACUCGGACGGUCACACGCCAAACCUUUCACAGUUUUACCAUUUUUUUUUGUGUUGUAACAGAUAUUGAUGAAUGCACAACAAAUGCGCACGACUGUCACUUAGAUGCGACAUGCAGCAAUACAGGUGGUUCAUUCACUUGUAUCUGUAAUCAAGGUUACUCCGGGGAUGGAAAACAGUGCGACGGUAAGUUUGUAAUCUUAGUAUCAAGAAAACGAAAGAUUCCAUGUUAACCCUGGUGUUGCGGGAAGGGGAGAAUUGUGUGGCGGGGUGGUGGUUGCCAAGCGAAUAUUAAGUGUUUUCUUUGAUAUUCAAAAAAUUACGUUCUUCAGUUGUAUCUUUUUAACUUAUCGGUAACUCUUUUUGCAUAUUAUUACCGAGGCCAAUAAAUUAAAUUUAAAUAUUGCAAACUCCUCAUUACAUCACUAUAUCUCAAUUAGAAAAUACAUUUACAUCCUGGAAAUAACACCAAUGAAAUGACAUCUAUGAAAUAAAAUGUUUGCUACUAGAGUUAACUGAAUUUAGACCAAGGCAAUUUCUGUGCAAACGCAUUGACCCUAGCACGAACGGCUGCAAGGUUUGAAGUGUGAACUCCCUCCUGAUCAUGAAUAAGGCUAUUAUAUAUAAAAAUGGCAGAUGGAAAAAAGGAAAAUUUACAUUCAUCAGUUCGCGCAGGGAGGUGAUUAAGUUUCAUGACUUGAAAGCGUUUUUUUUUGAGAGACUUCGAGAGGUCUACACCGUUAAGAUUCUUGAAAGCCUUAAACAUAAUUUUUAGUCGGUAACACUUGACACGCUUAGAAAAUAAUGGCCUCUGCUCUCAGGUUGCGUUUAUACAUGUAAUCGCGGAAGACGAAGAGGAUAGCUCUCCUCAGUACUUUUUUCAGAGCCUCUUUUCUUUCCUUGUCUUCCUCAGUAAGAUUUUAGCAACAUUAGUUGGUUUCUAUAGUAACGACGUAUGACUUCAUAAGUGCUAUGAUUCUUUGGCAUUUUUUAAGCAAAAAGGAAUUUGUGAAUCAGCAGCAAAGCUGCAAAAUGUUUGAUUAAUACAUAUUUUAUAACUAAACUGAAUUUUCAAUAAAACGGCAACCAGGAAGACAAUACUGAACCACACCAUAACAUAACACAACUCAAUUUACUCACGAAAAAGGCUGCUUUUACACAUCCAAGGUCAAAGGUCCAAUGAUGAAGAUAUGGAGAACUAUCCUGAAAAGGUACCAUCAUUGAAAAAGGAGCCUUUUUUAAUCACCCCAUCGGGAAUGUCUUAGAUGUCAUUUUGUAAUAUGGAGAUUCAAAUACAUUCUAGUUUUAAAUCCAAGUCUUUUGACUCGGCUGUUUUUGAAAAGUGUUAAAGAUAAUUAGCAUAUAUUUUGUUAGUUAUUAACAUAUGCUUUCCCAUACAGAUAUAGACGAAUGCGCAUCUGGGACACAUAACUGUGACGCAAACGCUCAGUGCAGUAACACAAUUGGUUCUUUUACAUGCAGCUGUGUUCAAGGAUAUUCAGGAAGCGGUGUGGAAUGUUCUGGUACGUUUGUUGGCGCAUGAGCACUUUAUACACUUAUUCGAAGUGACAAGAGCUUCCUUCAUUUAAGGGUAACAUCUUAUUUCAAUAAAAUACACUAUUAUACUCUAUCAAGAAAUUAUUGUUUAAACCGUAGAUAUGAACGACCGAUGGAUCUGCGUUUGCAUCAUCAGGCUACAUCGUGACAAGUAGUGAAAGCAUAAAUCCCUUUAUUAUAUGGCUGAGUCUGUUUUGGCCAUGCGAUUGGUCAAUUUGUGGUCCGUAACUUGCUAUACGGACCAAAAUUUUUAAAGAAAACGCUCAUUUCGGAUCUCUAAAUCUCUUUACCUCGGAAAAAAGGUUUAAAUAAAGUUAUAAGGACGCCUGUCAACCUUGAGGACUUGGAUGUUAACUUUGGCCUUCAACAAUUUAAACUGUUUAUUUGUGAACGAAGGCGAUGAAGAAACUAACUCAUUGUCUUAUCGAAGAGGAUUCUAGUCAGUGUUGAAAAUUUUAUCGCAGUAAACAGUUAAGAAGACUAAAAUCGACUGGCAGAGAUUCGAGAUGUUUUGCCUAAGAGAAAAUGGGUAAUUCGUUCGACAAAUAUGAUAACAAACGUAUCUGCACCCGAUCAUCUUGACAGUUUGUUGUCAUUGUCGAAGGAUUCGCUCGUUAAUUGUUUUUGGGAAAACCUCUCUUUCUGCCAGUUCAAUCUCGUCUUCAAUUGUGAUCUCCGUUAAAAUUGUCAAACACCGACUAGAAUUCUCUUCCUCGGUGAGGUUACGAUUCAGUUUCUACAUCAGCUUCGUUCUCUUUAAACAAAGCUAGGUGAAAAUUUAGAAAGGGAAAGUCAACAUCCUAGUCCUCAGGGUCAGACAUAUUUUAAAGUUUAUUCGGUUAAAACUAAGAGCACUGUAACUAUUCACUCGUUAAUGUUUUGAAAACUGGACAUUGUGUCUGGCUCGGACUUGCUUCUAUCUUUCUUUCGUUAGUCUUUGAAAAAAACACUGCAAGCUCGGUCCGUAAUUUACAGUUUGGACCGAAAACUCGGCUAAUAAGAGGUAUAUAUUGAUCUAUAACUUCGAUCAUGAAUAACGCGCAGGCAGAUCAUGACAAUACAAUCUGUCCAUAAGAAGUUAUUUCGAAUGUUUGAUACGUCUGAAUGUAUAAAGUUAAAUCAAAUGCAACCACACUCGGCACCAUUGAUCAAAUUUAAAAACACUAGAUAGUGGUUUUGAAAAUCAAAUUUCUUAAGCCGACUUUCUGGUGCUUGGAUGCCUGAUAUUUUUUUCACUGUAAAAACUAUGUAAUUCAAAGGAGAUGUCGACAAAAUGUUGAGAGUCACUUGUCCAAAUGUUGGAAAGACAGCAACCGUCCUCACUUCGUGAACUAUGAAUAGGGUCCAGUCCUCUUUUUUUAAUUUUAGAUAUCGAUGAAUGCUCAGCAGUAAGUCACAAUUGUCAUGGAGUGGCAAACUGUCACAACACAAUCGGCUCAUUCACUUGCAGUUGUCGCAGCGACUACACUGGGGAUGGUCUUGUCUGCGAACCUGUAGGUGAGGAAUUGUAGAGUAUAAUGGUAUUUUGUGAUUUAUAAAAUGAAUCAUAGCUGUCAGAUUCCACCUAUAUAUUCAGUUCUAUUAUGAGUAUCUGUAGUCAGAGAUCGCAGAUAACGUGAAAAUGUGGUACGAGAAAAAAAAAGGGGCAAACAAGCCAAAAGACUGUGGAUCAGUGAUUUUCUUACUUUAUUUUGUCUUUUUUUGCAAUCUGUCACGGGACAGCCACGUGGACCAAAUUUUGUUUUCUGUUAACAACAGGGAAAAUUAAUAGCUCCACAUUACUAGAUUGUGACCAAAGGAUUUCCUCUUGAACGUCAACAAUUGAACAAAUUGCCUUGGUUAUUUAACCACUCUAUAGCAAGUUUAUUCCAGUUUUUGUUUCCAUUAUUUAAUUAACAGGGGACUUCACGGUGGUCAUCGUAGAUAUGUCCAAGGACAAAUAUAACGCUACUGUUGUCCAGCGAUCUGUUCAAAGUGUCCAACAAGCCAUAAUUGAAGGUUUACCAGAAAAUGCGCCAGUGUUGCAAAGUGUGUUGCAAUGGCGUCUGGUGAGUGAAGCUGAAUUAGCAGCUUCAGAGUCAGCACAAGGAACCUUAAAAAGAGAAGGAAGCAGUGAAUGGAUUAUAAAUAGGAGAUCUAUACCUGUGGGAAUCUACCAAGUCAAGUUUACUGCUUCUUUUCAAAUUGGAGAUUCAAGUGCUCCACAGACUAUUCACGCGUUCAACUUCGGUUUUAUUGAGGUUAUUGCUGCACCUCUACGAGCCAUCAUUGACGGUGGGAGCAGUGUUCGUUGGGGAUCAGCAAAAACUGUUACAGUGGAUGGUUCACUAAGCUACGACGGAGACAUUGGCCCUGGUAAUCAUGAUGGAGUCGAAUUUACUUGGUACUGCCGUGAGGCAAUUGAAAAUGGUCCAGUGAACAAUGAUUGUUUCGGUUCCUUUGUUGAUGGAGCAAAUGCCCUUGCAGUUAGUAUUGACACCAGUGUACUUGAUAUAGGAAAGACAUAUGUCUUAUGUUUAAAUGUGUCCAAAGAUGUGAGGAGUGCCUUUGCUGAGAUGACUUUUGAGAUAGCAGCCGGCGAGAUACCUCAAGUAAAACUGAGGUAAAUGUGAUAAUGUAAUUGAUCAGGACGCUGUAAACGCCUUCAAUGCAACAGUAAGUUAUGCAGUCGAAAUAUUGUCUAAAGAUAGUCUGUGAGAUCACAUUUUUCUUUUAAUGGUAUAUGGCCAAUUCAAUUAAUCGGCUUUGCUUGUCUGAAAAAAAAAAUUAUUGAAAUGAAUAAAGAAUUAAAUAGACUAAUUGAAACCAGAUAUUGUAGUAACAAUAAAAAGAGGCAAAAUAUUUUCGAGAUGCAAAUUAUCCUUAUUGCUUAGAUUCAUGCUACCUAUGAAAUGAUUGUUUUCGCAGGGUGAAAACGAAACGUAGCUACGUUUGAUAGCAAAUUUGUUUUGAUUAAAGGUGUUUUGUAGAUUGUGGGACCAUAGUCUCUGCUUCAAACAAGCUUCGAGUGACGUCGGAGUGCUCCAAUGUUCCUUGCGUUGAUUCAGUCUACCAAUGGCUGUUACAAAAGAAAAAUGAUACAACGGAUGCACUAGAAGAUGUUACUAUUUUCCCCAAUAUGACUUCAACAGCAUUAAAUGCGAGUAACAUGAUAUUCAAGAAGGACGUAUUGCCCUCAAACACAAAAUUUACCCUAAAGCUCAUUGUGACUUCGCAAUCAGGAUCACAAGGGUUUGGUGUAUUGCAUUUUGAGACCGCUGGAGCGCCGCACAGCGGGCAUUGCAAGCCAUCGGUCAGCGAAGGGGUGGCACUUGAGACAGAGUUCCUUUUUGAGUGUUUGAAUUGGGAAGAUAAAAGUAAGCCUUUAAGCUAUGAAUUUCGCGUUGGAGACGAUCCAAUUUCUUAUGGAAAAUUCCCAAAGUCUGUUUCAACGGUGUUGCCAAGUGGAAAACCAGAAGAUCAACACAGAGUGCAAAUAACGAUUAUUGUUAAAAACUUUGUUGGCGUGGCAGUUACAGAGACAGUGUUUGUUAAGGUACUAACAGAAUUGUUACUUAUAUUUUUAGGCUUUUAACUCUUAAUAUUUCCCCCCGUAAUCGAAAACAGAGAGAAUCGGUACAUAUGCGACAACUUAAAGCAUGUUAUUUUUUCCCGAAACUCGGCACAUUCCUGUGAGCGGUAGCUCUUCUUGACAGGCCAAAAUAUGAAGGAAACCACUAUAAAGCUUGUUAUGGAUCAGUUUUUGGCUAUGCCGAAAGAGCAUAUAGCCGCUACGCACAUUAAAAAAUACAUUGCAAAAAUACAGUAACAAGAAAAUAACUGUUUUGCCCAGCAAAGGUGUAGGACAUGAACCGCUAAGCCGCGAUAUGAAUAAACGCAUUGCUAAUUCUUUUACAGGUGAAGCCAUCCUCCAAAUUUAACCCCUGCUAUACACUAGCAGACGAAGUAGCCAAUAUGCUAAAUGGCCUUAUCGCGGUGAAGGACUGUAAGUUGGAUGAACUUUUAAGAAAAGGUGAAAUCAGCAAGGCCUCACAGCUUGCACUAACCGUCUUGAAGACAGCCAAUGAGACGCCAGAUUGUGGAGAAGGCUUAAGCAUAGAAGUAAAAACUUCGGUAAGUAAAAUAAUGGAAGUUUUUACCUUUUAAGAAGGAUGAAGGAUGUCUCUGGGCACUCAUUGCAUGCACCACGAUGAGGCUAGAGAAAUCUGAGAAUUGAUAAAAUGCGUACAGGGCAUUUUAGUAGCAGAAUAUAUCAUUAGCACAACAAAAAUAUGCCCUUGGAAUGGCUAUUAGUAGCUAUGAUUUAAGCAGUGUAAUUGGGCAGUAAGAGUCAUCGUGAAAGACACUUCCUCCGAUGUGGACUCUACACAGUCCCUUCUAACGAUGCUGAUAGAAGGCUUUAGUAGGAUUUUGCUUUCAUGUUCAAGUAGUAUGACAGGGAUGUUUUACUCCUUUUUUUGCUAAGAAAACUCAUUAAAUUACAGUAGAAACCCCUUAUCAGUUUCUCCUUGGGGAAAUAUAAAAAUGCGGCGGAAUCACAUGAAGACAAGGUCAUGUGGUAUUUUUAGUUGGCUUAUCCAGUUUGACACGUUUUUUUUUACACUACAAACCACGACUGUACCCUUGCUCCUAAUGCAAUGCAAUGCAGGAGGUGAACAUUGUGCCAUUUCUCUGUUUGAUGAGUCAAGAGUGUUAGUUGGGUAGUCAAAAAUGAUGUUUAUAUGCACCGAGCUUGCAAAAUUUAUUGAAGCACUUUUUAGUUUGACAUUAACACGUUAUCUCCUUGAUUGUUAACUUCAUGUAACGCAUUUGAACGUUACCAGAUUUCGACCACAUUAGUGGAGAAAUUCACAUCAAUAAACCCAGAGACCCUGCCAAUGGCUCGAACGAUUAUGGCAGUAGUCAAAGUGGCGACUGGAGAACAAGGAGAGCAGACAUGCGAUGACUGCAGUGACACCAUGGUAAUCAGCACAUUGCUUAAGUAAUAAGACAUAUAAAAAUUAGUAUUUCUUAUUGCUCGGCGCUCCAUAAGAAAAUGGUUUCGUAGACGUUGCGAAUUCAGAUCUUUAAGUAAGUAGGGGACCCGCUCAUCCAGUCCCCAAAGUAAGGGGGCGGGGGCGGUCCCUCAGCCCCCCUUGAUCCGCCAUCGCAUGUUCAUAUCGAAAAUCCAUCGACCUCCCAACUGUAAAUAAUGUGAAAUUGAACCCCAUUUUGAAGAGGAUAUCUCUUCUGCUCCGAAACGUUUAAACGCCGAUCCUAGAAGUUGGAGACACAAAAAGGUCACAAUUAGAAAUUCUCGCCCAAGUAAAUUAGUCUUGCAUUAAUAUACAUGCUUCGUAGUGCAAUGUAAGUAGAUUGUACUUUUUAAACCAAUCAGAAUCGUACAAAAAAUUGCAUUCUGUGUUGUGGGCUAAUAAACUCGAAAAUCAAUUACUGUUACUUAGACAUUAUACCCUUAGUUUGAGGUAUAUUAUUUAUUCCUGGACGCAUUUGCAAAGAAUAUUUUGUCAUAAAUAGAAAACAGUGAACACUUUCAUAAAGCAAAAGUUUAUCGUUGCAGAAGUGUAUCCUUAGAUCCCGCAUCCAAUCAGUUUAAUCCAAUCCUUUUUAAAAUCUUAGUUUUCCUUCUUUGUCUUUCUGAACCAACAACGUCGCAAAAUCGUGUUUCGUUGAACUAAUAAAUAUUUAUUAUUGCAGAAUAAAGCAACAGAAAUGACAGUGAAAACAACCGGCCUACUUUUGUCGGCUCUAAAUGACCUCGAGCAGCCUUUCAGUGCUGAGUUGGAUGAAGCAGCAACGAGUGUCACUAGCUGCCUUAACAAUGUACUACAAUCUGCAUCCGGCCGAUCGAACGGAGCAGCAGCAGAAGCUAAGGCACGUGAUAAGGUUGAGAAUUUUAGAAAAUACAACGUUCCCGUUAGUGUGGACACUCAAUUAUUUCCUAUUUUUUUUUAAUUUCCAUGUUACGUUGUCAAAUUUGAAGCUAUAUUGAAAAAACGUUGAAUUCAAGACUUCUACGAAUCUGUCAAAGGAAGUUCACGACUAAAGUUACCAUAUCGAAAGCUGAGUCGUUAGUGUUCACCUUGAGGAGCCCCCAACCCCAGUCCUCUGCUCAGGCAUUCUAUUAUUGUUUGCUUGAAAGCCUCUCUAUGGAGCCCUUUCACAAUAUUUGCCAAAUAAAUCUGACAAAGAUGUACUAUUCUGGAUAUUCUGAAAGUUACUUCAAAUAUUGAUGCUAAUUGAAGCUAUUUAAAGCCAUGACCCGUAAAAACAUUUUUUUUAAAUGUCCAUUUUUUAACGGUGGAGCGCCACUCUUUAAGAUUUGUUAUGUAUGAAACUGUUUUAGCCAAUUAAAGGUUGUGUCUUACAUUUUGUAGCCAGGAUUCUAUUUUUAACUUAUUUCUUUUGUGACUGCAGGAGAACGUACUAAGAGCCUCAAAAAAUUUAAAUGCUAUGAACGAUGGGUUUUUUGUUCGCCUUGUUCCUUCCGAAAGUAUGAUCAUUAAAACUGCAAAUCUGGCGUUAUCCCUUAAGAAGGUCUCUCCAAAGCAUGUUAAUGGACUUAGUAUGGAAGAAGGACCAUCAAAGUUUCAGCUGCCAAGAAACCUGGGAGAAAUGGGUACCGAUAACGUAAAUGCAAAGGUAAGGGACUUUUUGUUCCUUUGAAGAACGUCGGCCUAUUUAUGGUUCCAGGUUUUUUUUGGUACCACUUUAAAACCCUAAAAACAGAUUGGAAUUAUUGAAAACCCUGAAAUUAUGGUUCAGUUUUAUUUAAGACUAGACUACUACUAUACCUCAGCUACCAACCUAAGCUACAUGUGUAUAAGUGUGGGACUUUGGAUUUAAAUUGCUGGGAUCGAGACGGAUUGCAACUUGAAGAAGUUUGGCCAACGUUUUAGAAUUAAACUUUUUUCUUGUAAACUGCCCCGAAACUAUAACUGUUUUCACUUUGAUAGAGUCAUUUGAUAGCUUUCUUUAGAGUUCCAAGUAUGGGAAAAGGUGACUGAGCAUACUUAGGGAUGAGUUCAGCCCAGCUGUAGAAUUUACCAUAAUAUAGCCCUUUUAAUGAUGAUUAUGAUGAAUUAGUUAAAUAAAUCCUGCUUGUCAACCUGAACAUCGCGUCCUCAUUGACCGAAAGCUAUAGUCCGUAAGAGAAUUAACGGAAUGAUGGCGCGAUUUGUUUUUUCUCUUUCUGCCAAUUAUAGGCAAGGGAAAGUAGCUGGGUUUUUUUAUUAGAUAAAAAAUUAACAGGUUUUAAGCCUAUCUGUACGUAUAUAGUCUAUCUCGGCAUCACACUUUUUUUUUUUAUUUUACGCAGAUGCUGACAUUGAAGUUUAACCCUUACACCUGGGACAACAGCAGCAAUGCGAUUCAGUCUCCAGUAACCAGCCUCGAACUUCAAAGUAAUAAGGGGACAAAAAUAAAUGUAUCGAACCUUAAAGAAGACAUCGUAAUAGUGAUACCAAUUUCAGAGUCACCGACAAACAAUACAAACAACAGCGAUGUAACUGAACAUUUCUUUUUAAAGCCAAAUAAAAUGACCAUUCACAGCUACUACGCGGAACUUGCGGACGUCCCAGUGACCAUAAAGAUGGGUAUUACGGAAAUAGGUGUCUUUGUCGUGGAAGUGUUUGUUAAAUUUGGAUUAAGGCCCACAGUUGACAAUCACGAUCACAAUUUUACCAAAGAGUUUAAAUCAAUGUGUGAAAACCAACCAGAUGGCAAAAACAUCAGCUUGUCCUGUCUUCCAGAGGAAACAUCUAUGAUAGUGGUGCCAUCAAAACGAGGUCUGCUUUAUGUCGGAAUUUUUUUCUUGGGUGCUACAAAUACCAGUGAACACACCAGGGAAAAAAGAUCUUGUUUCGGCCACGGUCGUCAAAGGCGUUCCUGUGUUGGCUUCAAAGAUCCACCGCCAAAGGGUUUCACUAAAACGGUUACUCCGCAGUACAACCCUUCGACGGAUGUUAACUAUACAAUGACUAUUACUCAAUCAAGCUGUUUGUAUUGGUCUGAAGAUAGGAGCAAGUGGACAUCUGAUGGUUGCAAGGUAACCCAAAGUUCUUGACGCGCCCAUGCACUUGAAACACUCGCCCUUCCCUCGGCCUGGGUCUCCAAGGUUAAUUUCCUCUUCGUAAAAAAAUGAUGUAAUAUUAACUUGACCACCCUACCAUCUUUGGGACUCUGUGAGUCCUUAUUGCUCUAGGAAACCCCGAUUGAACCCAAGGAGGGCAGGGUGGGUACACGGUUACUUCUCAGUAUUACAAACGCGUGCUACAAUCUUGGACAAAAAUGUUAAGAAAAUGGACAUUGCCAUGUCUAGUUUCAAGAUAAAGUUCUUGAAAACACUAACAACUACAAAUACUCCCCCUCCCCCCAUAAAAAAUAGUGUUGAAAUCUGGCUGGUUUUUGUCUCGUCACAUACGCUCCUACCCAAAGUGGAACGAGGUUCAAAUGUGAUCAGCCUUUUAUUGGGGAGGAGCGUUGCGUGACGAGACAAAAACGGCUGCGGGGAAGAUAAGAUCAUUUCUCAUUCCGAAUGAACAACUAUGAUCAGGGUGGGGGUGGGGGGCCAUAAUGGUACCAAAUACGUGGGAUAGGCGUUCUGUGGGAAAGAAAGUACAAAAUUCCUAACAAUUUUUGUCCAAGAUUGUAGCUAAAUAAAACUGUAAAAUGCCAACCUACAACGCUCAAUUGUAUGUUCAAUUGUUCUUAGGGUUUGGUUCAGCAUUCUGCUCAAUUUUUUAAUCUUGAUGUUAACAGAUUUUGUUAAUUUUAAAAACGUCACCGUACAAAAGUAGGAAGAAUAGAAAUAUUCUUGCUUCUUCCUUUAACUUAUCUCCGCCUUUGAAUGAUGCGAUAUAGCAUAUUAAUAACAUUGCACAUUCAAACUGCUUGCUUUUGAACAGCAUUGAGGAGCCUGAAGCAAAAAUGAGGCAAUCAGUGCUAACUCGUUUCCCUAUACAUUCUUUGUGUCUCAUCUUCCCAAUCUUUUUCCUUCUCCUUUGCGUUGUUGCUAAUAACUGAGUCUUCUUUCGUAGGUUGAUCCCAGGUCGAAUACCACCCAUCUCAUUUGCCGUUGUAAUCACCUUACCUCCUUCGGGGGUAACUUUAUUCAAGCACCAAAUCCAAUAGACUUUGACAAAGUUUUCACAGAGUUUGCAAACCUUUCUGAGAGUGGUAACAUUUCAGUACUGGUGACCAUUGCUUGCGCGUUUCUUCUUUACUUUGUUGUACUAGUUUUUGCGAGGAAAGCGGAUAAAAGAGAUGAAAACAAGGUAAUUGUGAAAAUAAAUGUAUUAUCUGUAGGGUAUCUAGUGACACUCUAGGCUCAUCGGCAGGCAUUUGGUCACGGCCACCAAGGCCGUGUUCAGACUAAAUAGUGUCGCUUACCGAACAUGUUCUCUUCCUUUUCGACCGUCCAAAAGUGGCCUUCGAAAACACACAUCUAGCGAUAAUUUUUCGUACCCAGGCCAUUCAACGAAGCGCGGAGUAUUACUCAGUGCAUAUCCUCCAAUAGCUCCAGCGUCCCGCCAUACUUUUUUAAGAUUGCAAAGGCGAUCACCCAAAUUUAGAAACUGGAGAUCGCGACUGAAAAGACGCAUAUGUAUGCAGACCCUUUGGUAUAGACUUGUGAUGAAGUUAAACUGUUGCAUGACCGAACAUGACCGAGCACGGUUACAUAAUAUUAAAACCAAGUUUCGCCGUUUAUUUCAGUGGGAGAAAAGGUUUAAUAUUUUGAUCCGCUACGCUGUGGCGGUUCUCUACAUAUAAGGAUGGGUCUAUUAAAAUUACUCAUUUCUCGCGCUACACUAUUUGUAGUUUUGUUUGAUCAGCAGUUUUUGUCUCGCCAGUAAGAUUCAAUUUGAUUACAUCAGCGUCAUGUUAUAACGAAAUUUUGCUUCAACAUGUUAGAUAUGCCCUCCAAAGCGUGUACCCAUUGUGGAAGAAGGGACCUAUUAUUACGACAUGGUAAUUUGCACAGGCGUUUGGAAAAAUUCGGGUACAACAGCAAACGUGACAAUCAGUAUUAAAGGUGACUUAGAUGAGCACAAUCACAUUCCACUACGUAGGAAAGACGAGUCAAGUGAUCUGUUUGCACGAGGAGGUAUAAACGGAUUUGUUUUGAUCACUGAUGAAUCAUUGGGAACGUUGAAAGAAAUAACCUUAGAACAUGACAACUCAGGGCGCGGCCCUUCUUGGUUUGUGGAAACAGUGACAAUCAGAGACAGACAGAAAGAAGAACAAUGGACCUUCCCAAUAAACAGAUGGCUUGCGGUAGAAAAAUGUGAUGGUUUAACAGAAGCUACCGUAAAGCAUGGAAAUUUGGGUUCUUUCUCAGAUCAAGUUCGCAGCCGUUUCGGAAGAAAAAUUGCAGACAGUCACUUGUGGAUGUCUGUCUUUGGCAAGUCCUGUAGCAGCUCGUUUACUCGUGUGCAAAGAGCUUCAUGCUGCCUUUCAGUGCUCUUCAGCGCCAUGAUUGCCAAUGCUAUGUUCUAUAACAUUGGUGGGGAAUCAGAGGGUGCUAUUUACAUUGGACCCUUCAAGGUUUCGUGGAGACAAAUCGUUGUUGGUGUGCAAAGUGGACUGAUAGUUGCACCUGUAAAUGUAGUCAUUGUUUUGCUCUUUAAAUCAAGCAAGCCGAGGAAUACAAAAGCAGACAAAUAUCGGGAAGUGGAUCACGUCCAAGAACUCGUCGACAGAGUAAAAGACGAUGGUUGCAUGUUGCCUCACUGUUGCGUAUACCUAGCAUGGUUGCUUUGUUUUGCUACAACUCUUACUUCAGCAACCUUCACUUUAUUUUACAGCUUAAUGUGGGGCAAAGAGGUUGCAGAGCAAUGGCUCUCCUCUAUUUUGAUUUCAAAUGGUCAGGACAUCUUCAUUGUACAGCCGACAAAGGUCAUGUUGGCCGUGGUAAUGGUGUCAUUGCUUGCAACGAGAACCAAGGACAGCAGUGAAGAUUCUGAAACAGAGAAUGAAGAAGAUGUUAACUUGAAUGACAUAGAUCUAUUUUCUGAUGAUCCUAAACAGCGUUUUAAGCGCGCAAGAUUAGGAGUCAUGCGUGAACGAGCCAUAAAAGAACUUAAGUUGGUGAGCACGAUGAAAGAAAUUGUUGUUCAUUUGAUAUUUGUGUUUUUCUUGGCGAUAGUGUGUUAUGGAAACAAGAAUAGUAAUCGCUUUAUGAUGACUACCACUCUGAUGAGUCCUUUUGCAAAGUUUGAAACGGUAAGGCUUUAUUAGUGAAGUCAUAUAUAAGGGAGAAGCUGGAAUAAUUUUAGUUGUAACUUUAAAUUUUCAACGUUGGUUUUAGACAUAAAACCUGAUUUAAUUUAUAGAUUGACCAAAAAGACAAGAGUAUUCUAUCAAGUUUAAAACACAAGGCGAAACGUUGUGUCUUCGAAACUUUAAAACUUCAACUGGGAGUUUAUAGAUUGGAUUCAAAGACUUCUGUCAUUAGAUAGUCCCAAUUUAAACGCUGAAAAAUUAUCCGUGUUUGUUCAGAAUGACAGACACGGAUUAUCACUGAUGUGGUAUUUUUUUUUAGGAGUUGUUGGUGUGAUUUUUCAAAUGUAGUUAUACAUUAAAUUUUUUAGUUUAUGUUUGCGCAUCUGCGUCCGUUAGUUUUAUUUCCGGUUCAAAAUUUCACGUCGGUGUUACAUGUUUCUCCGGUGGUCGCGUUUACAGGAGGUUUCCUUACUUUUGUCGCCGCGUGAACCAAGCGUUGGCGUUCCCUCUGUCGUAUUUUCGGCACAGUUGUUUCAGAACCAUCGCAUUUCAUUGGACUACCGUCAAUUCCAUACCUUUUGGACCAGCAUUAUGUUUUCGUUUUAUAGAGAUGUCCGUCAUAUAGAGGCGUACUUUGAAUGGUUAAUUGUAUAAACCACGGUACUCUUAUUAUUUCAGGUAACUGGAAGGUACAAACUAUGGGGUUGGAUGAGACAAGAGUUCCUCCCAAAUAUUUACAGCCAUCCGUGGUACAAUGGACGUCAAGAGAAAGAUGUGUAUGUUGAAAACAAGGUGUCCUUACUGGUCGGUAUGCCAUGGAUGAGGCAACUCAGAGUCAAAAAGAGUAAGCUUUAUGAUUUGGAAUUUGCAAACCUAAUAUUAAAUGGACAAAAAAUUCUCUGUCUUCUGCCCUACAGUAGUUAGUUUAACAAACUGGUCAUAAAAGGCGGCAAACAACAAAAAUGCCCAAUCGGAAUAAGUUAAUGCGACUUUUUUUUAUCAAAGUGAUAGGGAUGCAGUUAAAGACGUUGUGCACCUUUAAUUCUGAGAAAAAAUAUGGCAAAGGAGUCUGAGGGACUUCAUAACUAUUCCACUCUAUUAACUAUGUGCAAUAUCAUGAUAAAACAUCAAAAUUACCAGGACCUUUCUAAAAGGAGAAGACAACGAACAGUUUCACUGCUGAUUUUUAUGCCGCUCCUUUACAAACAACUUUUUAUUAUUCGGUUAUCCUUGAAAUGGUUGAUACGUUAACUAGGUAUUACGUACAUUCCAUAAAGUCAAAAUUACGGAAAGGCCGAGAAAUAGAUGGUCUUCACUCACGCGCAAAUUUAUUAGAACAAAAGAAAGCGCUUUCAUAAGAAAAGAGUGCAAUUCCCACAGGAUUAGUUUGGGACACCAAUAUGGUCGCCUUGACUUCAUGUGAAAACACUCUGUAGAUCGUUUUCACUCAAGUGGGUUAGCAGCUAUGCAAAUUUCUUGGAACAAAAAAGUUUUUACAUAAGAAAAGAGUUUAAUCCCCAUAUAGGAUUUUUUCGAUAGACAAUGGUAGCAUUCCUUUUGACCCAUCAAAAUCCGGAUUUUGCGAUCCAAAAUUUUUUUCCGUUCCAUUAAGGACUAAACCAAUCUAAUGUUGCAAUCUGAACGAUCCACUUCCGCACUUGGAUCGUUCAGAUUGGUAUCUCAAUCUGGUUUCAGAUAUUUAUUCCACUUAACGAAAUUGUUUUUCGAUUGCAAGGCCGUGCUCGUUUAUCGAUAAACAUGGCGGGUCAAGGUUAGUUCAAACAAAAGUUAUUUACACUCCUUCUUUGUUCUAUGCAACUAAAGGAUUGUAGUAUAUGAAAUUCCAGUUCCCCAGUAACUCUAAUUCUAUAGGGAAGCGAAAACGCUUGCAUUUUCUGACCGUAAAACCACAGUGUCCAAGGUCUGUGUGUGUGUGUUUAGAACGCGCUUCUCAGCACUUGAGAAUUCGUAAUUGUCUUCUGAAUUUUCUUCAAUCAAAUUCCAGAUAAUUUUAAGUCUACGAGUCCCAGUAUGAACCACCACUAGUUAAAGAGCAAUUUUUCUUUCCAUUUUUCCACGAGAAGACGCUUAAUUUAGCGGAAAAAAAACGAUGUGUUGAAAUUGAGAAGAUCAGAGCAGCAGGUAGCUACUGUAUGGAUCAAUCUUAUUUCAGACUUUUGUUCCGGCUAGCAGGAAAAUCUAAACAAUCUGGAUUGUCUAAAUCCGAAAAAAGUUUGGCUAAAAGGAAUGCAACCAAAGUAACAUGACCGCCAUUUCGUUGUUUUGUACACAAAUAUGAUCGCCGUGUCGUUAUGUGAAAACGAUCUAUUCAGUUGUCUUAGGUAAGUCAAAUGUAAUGCUGCUUGCUAAAAAAUGAUAGAAAAACUGUUAUACAUUUUAAUUUUAGGUUCUUGCAAAUCAUUAGCUGAGCUUUUCCCAGACUGCCUCUACGAUUACACAAGUGAAGGUGAGGACACCACAACACUGAGUCUUCCUGGAUGGAAACAACUCCCUUACAAUACUUCAUGGCCAAAGGCCCUUCAACUGUGUCCCAAGCCUUGGCGUUAUCGCACAAGUGAAGAACUAGACAAUGGUCGGAUAACGGGGACCUACAAUACAUAUGAAGGAGGUGGCUAUGUCACUGUCUUGGGAUACGAUGUUGAAACUGGCCGAAGUGUCCUUGGCGAAACAUUCGGUCAUGGAUGGGUUGAUCGCCAGACGCGAGCAGUGAUAUUAGAGUUCGCAGUUUUCAACGUUAAUACAAAUCUUCUCAGCAUUGCAACGUACUUUUACGAGGUUCUUUCCACUGGUGCUGCUUACACAACAAGAACGGUUAAAACGCUCGACCUACAAAGCACUGAAUCCGGGACUCAAAUGUUCUACUUAAUCUGCCAGUUCCUUUUCAUGGCCAUGGUGUGUUAUUACCUCAUCAUGAUGUUUUACAACUUCCACCGUCGCCGCCUUUGCUUUUUCAAGUCAGUGUGGAACAUGGUCGAUUUUUUCAUGAUCAUAUUCUCAGUAUUGGCGGUAGUGUUUUACGUGAUCCGUUCGAAAACUCUUCUAAAAAGCAUCAAAUCUAUCCAAAACAAUCCAUAUAAUAUCGUACAUUUUCACUCCUCCUUGACUUGGGCUAGUUGGGAAAAUGUUGCUAAUGCCUGUGCUAUUUUUAUGGUAACACUUAAACUUUUAAAUCUGAUUCGAUUUAAUCCUUAUGUAAUCUACUUGUUUUCAUCCUUCCGUCAGUCGGUAGGCUAUCAGCUGUCUUACGUUUUUAUUUUCCUGAUAUUGUUUAAUGGGUUUAUUAUAUCAGGAAAACAAUUUUUUGGUCACACUGUCCUUGAAUACUCUAGUUAUUUGCAAGCAGUGAUUUCUCAGUUUGAAUUCCUUCUGGGAAAAGCUGUCCCACUUGAUGAUUUAAGACGUGAACACCCAAUUCUUGGACCCAUAUUCGUUUUCAUAUACAUGACAAUAAUGACAAUUGUCCUUAUGAAUAUGUUAGUUUCGGUUCUUAACGAGUCAUACAUCGAUGCUAAAACAUACGUAGAGGAAAGUGCUGAGGAACUUGAAAUAGCGCACUUUAUUGCGGAAAGAUUUGAAGAAAUGUUAAGGGGCAACAGGAAGCGACCAGAAUUCAAGCUAUAUUGCGAUGAAGCAACAUAUUUCAACAUGUGCCAGUCACAGGCGGAGCCUAACUGUUUAAACUCUAAAUGUAUAAUCAAGUGUACAGAAGACAGACUUAAAUUGGUUGAGAAACGACUCUCUGCUCUCACUGGAAGUGCAGAAAAGAUGACUGAUGAUAAUGAACUGGAGGAAACUGAGUUUCUUAACCUCCUCCAGUUAGUGGCCAAUCAUGAUGGCUAGAAUGAAGCUAGCAGUAUUUUAGGUUUUUUUCUUGUUUUAAUGUUCCCUACUAUAAUGUUGUCUUACCAUACUUUAAAAUUCUGGUAUUCGUGAUUCAUGAAACUGCUUUUCAGCUAUGAAAAACAAAAAAAGGAAAAAAAUCCAGAGGAUAAGAAUGGCACCGAUAGACUCGCGUUUGUAUAAACCGGAGAGAAUUACAGUUAUUCACUACGCUACCUAGGGGACGGCAGAGCAUUUUUCUAAGUUGGGGUGGGGAAAGGGAAGGGGGAGGGGGCGCUUAACAGAGGUUGGAAAUGGGAGCCUUAGAUUUCCCUCUUAGUAAUUUUUUUUUUUUAGAAAAAGCCCAAAAGGCACCCCCUGACCCCGCCGUCCUUCUACCUCUUUCGUUUUAUAAUUAAAUGUCUACUUUAUUAACACAAGCCUAUAUAUCAUCCCUUUUAUAAAACAGAAAGACGCUCUACAAUGCUACUAUGCUAGCGUAUAUAUCAUUCUAUCAAGUACGUUGGAAAGAGGCUCUAUACAAUGCUAGGUAUUUGUAUCGAAUCAGAUUAAAUACUAAACGAACGCCUCGAGUCUAAUGUUAGUCUGAAAACCAGCCUUUCGGGCUGGGAAAUCGGGUGAACUAAACUGCUCCCUUCCUCGUUAUUUCGUUUUUUCACACAAUCCGGUGGGUAAUCAGUGGCGGAUCCAGGGGAGGGGCCCUAGUUCCCCCUUAUUUUUAGACCAAACUGAGGCCCGAAGGGCGGAAAAAUUUUUUUGGGAGACCGGGCCCUCCCCUUAUCUCAAGGUCUGGAUCCAGGCACUGGGUAAUUGUAAAAGACAGAAUAAGUAAGCAGAGUAGCAUGACUGACAUGAUUUGAGGCAUGCAAUAAUUAUAAAGAAAAUGACUCAAAAAAAUCAACAGUGAAGCACCACUUCUAAAAAGCAAGGAUGCAUGUUUCCCUUUUCCCCGCGAAUCUUAGACGAAUAUUCGCGUGUUUAAGGAAAGUUAAGUAAAGGGGUAGUCGGUUUCAUUUCAGCCAAAGAGGUCUACCAAGCGUUACUGAUAGGCCAUUUGCACGAUGGGGUCUUUUUACUCCUAAGACCAAAAUUCAUUUCAUUUUUUUACAUUUAAAUUUGGAGAUCCCGGUGAGGUUUAAAUAAAAAAGUCCAAAUUUUCAGUCGCCACUUGCACAUCUCCCAUAUAUGCACCUUAUUUGCCCCCCAAAAUUUUGCAUGAGCAUUGUUUUCACUUUCUCUUGCUGUAAUACCCAGAAGAAAUGAAAAACAAAGGUUAUGCAAAAUUUUGGGGAGCAAAUAAGGUGCAUUAUGGGAGAUGUGCAAGUGGCGAAUUAGAAAGUUAAUCCUGAAGGAUUCUGGUAAUAGUAAUAGUAAAAUGAUGCCACCGUGGAAUGGCCUAUUCAUUGUUUAUUCUAGGCAUCCAGGAAAAAAUGCUUGUGUGUAAAGAUAUUUAGGAUUCAAAAGGUUGAGUUUGAUCGUCCGGUGAACGUAGUCCUGAAUAGGACUGUUGUUGUUGACAGUGACUGACGUUUCGACAAACUGUGCGGUAGUCACCUUCAGAGUCAAAGUGAGUUGUAUCACAUCAGUUGAUGGUAUUAUACGAGAAAACAACUGGAGAACUGACAAUUUGACUAACAAUAGACGGAUCGAAACGCACCAAUCACUGAUUACGAGUCUUCAUAGCCAAUAACAUCACGGCUUAACUGACAGACGACCAAUAACAUCGCGACAUAAUUGACCAAUCAGAUCAAUAACCAGAGUAUCACACCAUCAACCGAUGUGAUACAACUCACUUUAACUCUGAAGAUGACUACCGCACAGGUUGUCGAAACGUCAGUCACUGUCAACAACAACAGUCCUAUUCAGGACUACGUUCAACCGGACGAUCAAACUCAACUUUUUGAAAUGACUCCCGGGUUCAAACCUUUCACAUAUUUAGGGUUGUAGAAAAAUGUUCCUUGCAGUUUUGCGACCGAGCAAUAUCCAGCAGAAAAGUAUUACGGAAAUCAAUUACGAUAUCCGCUGGAUAGUGAUUUAUCUGGUGGAUAGCGCUAUCCAACGUUUGAACAAUUGCGGCCAGGCUGACAGUGACAAGCCUAGUUCCAUUUCGAUAGGAAGUCAAAAUUCAACACAGCGACUACAAGGUAAGCGUACUUUUGUUUUGCAAAUAUAAAGAAAACAAAAGAAAAAACAAAGUAGAAAAUAAAAAACAACAAUUGCCUUGUUGGCCCUGUGCAACUGCACGUGAUGCUCCAGCGGCUGACGUGCCGGGAGUUGAAGACAUAGCACAGAUACUGUCGUCCAUAUUGUCUUUUAUCUCCUGCAGUUUCCUUUUAAGACGGUUCAUUUUACAAGCUAAAAACAAUGCGGACACUGGGUGUCGUACAACUCCAGAAAAGCUCCCGAAAAGGAGACAGUGCUCGCUGUACAGUAGAAGAACAGUAUUUCGGGCUCUGUAGUUGCUGUGCCUGUCUACGAUACGCUGUGCCUGUCCUCGAUACGCUGUGCUUGUCCUCAAUACGCUGUGCUUGUUCUCGAUACCCUGUGCUUGUCUUUAAUACGCUGUGCCUGUGCACGAUACGCUGUGCCUGUCCUGAAUACCCUAUGCUUGUCCUCGGUACGCUUUGCCCGUGCUCGAUAGGCUGUGCUUGUAAUAAAUACGCCGUACCUGUCCUCGAUACCCUGUGCUUGUCUUCAAUACGUUGUGCCUGUGCUCAAUACGCUGUGGCCGUCCUAAAUACCCUGUGCUUGUCCUCGAUACGCUUUGCCCGUGCUCGAUAGGCUGUGCCUGUCCUCGAUAGGCCGUGUUUGUCCUAAAUACGCCGUGCCUGUUCUCGAUACCCUGUGCUUGUCUUCAAUACUUUGUGCCUGUGCUCAAUACGCUGUGCCCGUCCUCAAUACGUUGUGCCUGUUCUAAAUACCCUGUACUUGUCCUCGAUACGCUUUGCCUGUGCUCGAUAGGCUGUGCCUGGCCUAAAUACGUUGAGCUGGCCUUUCGCUGUGCCUGUCCCUAUUAGGAACCGAAUUUUGACCCUGAUACCCCUUUAUACAAGGGCGCUUUCCAUUUGUCAGAACUGGCCGGCCGGACCAUUGCCCGGCCAGUCAGUUUGACAUUGAAAUAGGCUUUUUCCAGGAGGGUUUAAUGAAAAGUCAUCUGCUUCCUGCAUAAAAUCUAGGUUUUGACUGAUUUUGCCGGUAAGUUUUGAUUUAAAACAUAAUAUUAUUGAGGCGGGAACGGUUGGUCGGCCGGUCAGUUCUGACAAAUAGAAAGCGCCCAAAAGCAACACUAAGUCAUAACGUAAAGUUUUGAUCGAAAAAGUGAACAAAUGCGAUGAUUGAACAUGUAUUGUUUAACUACUCUCGGCUAGAUCUUAUUGCUUUUCUUAACGGAAAGAAAACCCUUAUUGCGUUUAACUUGCAGAUCCAAGUACCGAUUACACUGAACAGAGCAAGCCAGAUAGGUACAUCGGUUACGAGAAUGUGGAACGUAAUCUAACUUGUGACUCGGAAAUCGUAAAUCAUUGGUAUCGGUUUAUUGGUCUAGCUGGGACAUCUACGUCAGAAAACUGUCCUCCGACUCACCGCUGCAAAGCCAACGCGCCGCAUGUCUAUAAGUUGGUACCACCUGACUUCUGCCAGUCGAGGUACUGCGGGGACCAUGGUAAGUGAGCUUCACCCCAUGUAAGGCAAUCCAAGACAGUCUUGGAUUCUGGAUUCCACGGCAUAGAUUCCGGAUUGUUUGUCAGUGGAACUUGGAUUCCAGGUUCCAACUUUUAGUGGGAUUCUGGACUCCUUAAGCUGUAUUCCAGAUUCCAAAGCCGAGGAUUCCGGAUUCCACAAGCAAAAAUUUCAGAAAGAAGAAGCGGACCAAAAACCUAGAUUUUGAUUCAAUUAAAUUAAUGUAAGCUUAUUAACUUUUAAUCAAUGUUUCUUAGACACGUUUAUGUUAACAGUUCAUGUUAAGUUUCUACUUUGUCUGAGAAAAGGUGAACAAUUAUUACGAUUAUUCUAGAAAAUAAAUUUCCGAGGUAUUUAUAGUUGGAAGCUGCUGUUACCAGACUUGCUCACUGACCUCCUAAAUUCCGUACUGUGAAAGAGCAUAGCAUUAGUCCUAACAUUGUUAAUGUGCUCUGCUAGAUUUUUUUUGGCGCAGGGAUUACCGCUUGGAGGAAUCUAAAGAAAAGGUAAGAAGAGUUAAGAAAAAAUAAAAAUAUCCAUUUUAAGUUAACGAGGUUUUUUUAUUCUGCUUUUUAAUAAAUCCGCCCUCAGACUGCACAAAACACACACUAACCGCUCACAGGAAUGUCGAAAGACAAGGGCUUUGUACUGAAUAUGCUAAGAAAAACGCAGUUGAUGCUAAUAGUGAGUUUACGCAACAGGACGGCAGGAAGAAGAGGACAGCAAAACGUUUGCAUGUGACAAACCUGACACGGCUGUUACUUGCAUGUUUUGUCGUGAUCUUCACUUAACAUUAAGGGUUUCUGGUCUUUUGCAAAAAGAUCUGGUUAAAGGAAAGUGAAGUUUGCGGAAAUUUUGUUUCAAACAAAAUUAUUGUCACGCUUGUCACACAAGGUUGCCGUCUUCUUUCCUCUCCCGUCCUGUGGCUUAACGAGAAGGUCGAGGACGGUGCAAUAAUAAAAUACAUAUUGGGCGCCAUGUAGCGCCUCGUCAUUCGCUUUGAGGAAGGCUCAGUGUUUGACCAUAAAGGUUUUUUUUUAUUUUUCACUACUACCCCAGCGACGCAAUUUCAAGACCUUAACAGUGAGUGGUCAAACAAGCAAGCUAUCCAAAUUAAUCAACCAGGCCCUUUCAAGGCAUUACCAGUCCAUCAUAAGUAACUGGAACAAAACUCAACUUCAGUCAGACUCAUUAUCUUUGCUAUAGACAUCUUAAAAAAGCGGUGAUCACUUGAAAUGGUUACGUAAUCCUCUGUAAGAAUGAACUUGUAUGUUUUUGAGGGACGAUUCACUCAAGUACUAUUACUUUAGAAGCUGUUAAAUGAUUCUUGCUUUUGCUAAAUGCUUUCUUUUUGUGAAGCGAUUCUUUCCCUAGCAUUCCCAUGAAUGAUUUCAUCUUGUUACGUAACCAAUGCUAUUUGAUUGAUUCCCUGGAGGCUAAGAUGUUUUUUUUGUCUAUUACUUUGGUCGUUCUUCUGGUUCGAUUUGAUUUUAUCCGGUUUUAUUUUGGAUUACAAUUUUCGCAGUGCCUCUGAAAAAAUUGCAUGCAAAGGGAUGGUAAUUUAUAUCCUGGCAUUAAAUUUACUUUUAAAGCUGACUGCUCGAACAAGUUGUUAGCGUUAUAUGAAUGACAGGUACGUAGCUGAUUAGCUUCUCCAAACAGUAUGACAAUCCUGAAUGGGUAUAAUUAAUGACUGCUUAGACUCCGUUUUUUCUCUGGAAAACGUUUAGAGGAGCUUGAAUGUGUCUUACAGGGUAAGGGGGUCAUGAAAAACCAAACAUGGUAUACUCACUGAUGCACCAGCUCCCCCCCCCCCCAAGCCAAUUAUUUACCGGUCCCUAAAAGCGUCUCUUGUAUUGAUUUUUCCUAACCUUAACAUAUUCAGGGCCGUGACAUGAGAUUUUAGAGGUGUACACACGGGGAAAAAGGUUAGACCGCCGAAGGCACUCCAAACUAUGGGGUUCUUAUGGAGGUAUGUUCCACCAGAACAAUUUUUAAGUUUAGGGGCUCAGAAAUGCCAUUUCCUGCUUUUUUCCGCAGGAUAUUUUCAGUAAAUAAAUAAGAAGGAAAAUGCAAUAGCUAGUUGUAUAUUUAACAUCCCUAGUAUUAGCAGUAAAGUACAGUGUUUACGGGAAAAAGAAAAAAAAAAGUUAAAACAGAGAAGUCAUCAAGGAGAUUAAAAAAAAUGGGCGACAUGUCUACCCAGACGGGCAAAGACACCAAUAUAAUAUAAUGCGAAAGAUUUGUCAAUCAUCCCGAUUCAAUGAUGAAAAAUGCUUUCAGGACACAUUUUUUUGCUGAUUUCAGUUGUAUGCAAGGGCGGAUAGUCGUAAAUGGACGCUACGCUCAAAUCUGCACUAUCAGACUGAUAGUGCAGAUUUGAGUGAUUCUGAAUUUCAGGAAAAUAAGAUUAAGUGUUAGUCGCAUUGAGAUCCAAGGCAUUGCAUGUAGAGUGGAUCUAUUUCACUGGUGUUAAAAUACCCUACAGGAGAAAGCUCUAAAAUUUUAAUGAGCGGAAUGGGAACAUGAAUCUCGUUUCUUCCACUCUCCCCUAUGAGCCUCUUAUAUGCGUUUUGAAAUUUCGAGUAAUAACCUACGUAUAAAUACUAAAUUUGCACACCAAGGGUAUGUAAUCAAUCCAUGGAGAAACUAUUGUUUACUAAGCGUCGUUUUCCUUUUGUUUAUGUUCUCGAAAAAGUGUGAUUAUCAUCAUACAUCAAAAAUCAAACAUCGACCAUUUAAAAGUGUAGCCUGAACAUGGCUUUGCCACAUUGUUAAAGUAGGGUUGUCAUUUGAUUUCAUUUAAGUUGUAAAUUGUCUUCAAAUAUAUGACUUCGGACGAUAGUUGUCGGUGUACUCUCAGUAGUUCAUCCAAAACAACUUUACUCACUGAGAUUAAGUUCUGUUGAUAAAUUAUACAAACACUAAUAAUCACACCACAGGUGACUUCAAUAAUGCACCAUAAAGGUCUCUAAAGCAAAGAGUGGAUAUAGUUAAUAAUUCAGUGAACCGAAGUUUAUUGCUUGAUUUCAAUAUUUGCGCGUAAAAUCCCCAAAAGGCAGAAAAUAAUGAGACUUAUGCAAAGAAUUGUGCUAUUGACCCCGUAGGUGUGAUUAAGGACAGUGUGUGACAGUACUUCAACCUUCUUGCCAACAUAUCGAGUUUAAGGUAGGCGUAUUUGCAAAAUUUGAACCUUUUAAUUCCCCAGAAGUAGAAUUAUUAGAUAAAUAGUGUUAUUUACGCUCACAAGCUUCAUCUCGUAAGAUAUAUAUGGACACUUCUGAGAAUAUUAAGACGAUCAAGACGGAUGAUGUUAAUAGGGAAGUUAGUUACAUGCAAACAAGACGGCAAGACCGAAAAAAUGAGCCACUUUUACCGCUCAGAUUUGCUUUUUUAAAAAAGCAAGUCUGAGCUGUUUCAACCGACUUCAUCUUUAUUACUCCAUUUUGUUCAAUUUUUAAUUUAUAGGCGAUUUUUUUGGAGUUGAAUUCUUAUGGACCGUAUCCAGUGCCUUCUGUUAGUAACGCAACUGUAGAUCAUAAAAUUAAGAAAUCUUGUGUCGUAGUCGUUCAGUGAGGGGAAAGAAAUGCACCAAAUAGUGUGAUGCAUGUGCAAAGUUUUGCCGAUGCUCUCAAGGAGUCGUCUUUGUAGUAAUAAAAAAACCUCUCCCAUGUCUGAGACAACGCAGUAUUAAAUAACUUACCAUUGUUUGGGCAAUGAAAACUAACAAAGAGACGAGACUGAUUUGAAGCCUUUCUGAAUGCAUUUGUCAGGAGAAAUUCAAAUGGUUGCCUUACUACCAGUGCGAUAUCCAGUGCAAAUAACUUAAACGUGCAUUGUAACCUUACCUAAUACACGAUUCAUAGCGCCGUCAACCCAUCUCUUGGAAGUGACAGAGAAAACAUUUCUAAGGAUAAAAGAAAACGUCCAAAUAGGAAUUCACCCUAAAAAUAUCAGUAGGGAUAAUGGCAAGAAUUGUAUGGAAGGAAAUUUUAUGCCGGUGAUGUAAAGCUUAAUUGAUUUGCUCAGAAUGGGUUAAAACUGUUGAAAUUCUUAAAGGAUCUUUUCAUGUGUUUCACGGCAUUACUUCUUCUUUUCUUACAGACAGCCAUGAUUUUGUUUUUCCUUCAUGCUUUGUUGAUAUUAACUCGUGGUAGGCAAGUGCGUGGAGGUAAGUUGUAACUGCUAACUAGAUGUAUAUAGGUGAGAAUUGCUCUUCAUUUUUUGCUUAUAGCGUACAGCAAUAAAUUUAACAUUUAAUAACGUUUUUAGUCUUUCAGUGGUUUGAUGUUAAUUGUUUCGCUUUUAAGCUUGGCGUAGUGUAUUUCCUUUUCCUUUGUUUCCAUCACUCGUUGUUGUACGAAAGGUCCCUGGACAACACGACAAAGACAUCCGUUCAAUGUCCUAGGUGAUAAGAAGUACUGGUCAGUAGUUUCUGAAAUAACAUAGUUAAACUUGUAAAAUCAGGGGAGAAUCUGAGAUUUUUAGCUGCUUUUUGUGUGCUACAUUAGUGACUUUUCAGAAAGCAAGUUCAACAAAAGAAAAUCGAUUGACAAAACAAGUUCCGUUUGAUAUUCAAGUAGUAUUAACCCUUUAAGCCCUAAGAGUGAUCAGCGUAAAAUUUCUCCUUGCGAUAUCACGCUUUAUAAAACACAGUGAUCAUGAGAAUCGAGGACAUGAUCACACAAUGAAUCUAAUUGAUGCUUCAACAAAUUUUCCCCACUACUUCUAUAACAAAUGUGAAUUUGAAUUUGAUAUCAAGGUUUAAAGGGUGAAUCGUUCGUUACACCGCUCUUUUAAAUUGUAGUUGACCCUUGCAACUCUUAUACUGAACUACAUCAACCGGACAGGAACAUCGGUCAUGUAAAUCCUGAUGGGAGUGGAAUUUGCGAUAAUGCAAUCACUAUUCAGUGGUACCGGUUCGUACGCGCAGCGGGAACCUCCCUCCCGGAAACCUGUCCUCCUACGAACCGCUGCAAAGCGCAUGCACCUGGGUGGUUAGAAGUAGGCCAUCCAACGGUCGCAGAUGGAGAAGUGACAAGGAAAGUAUGCUACACAUGGAAUGGAAACUGCUGCAAUUGGAGUAAUAACAUUCAAGUAGUAAACUGCGGCGACUUUUAUGUUUACAAGCUGGUGCCCCCAAGUACAUGUCAGUUGAGGUACUGUGGCGAUGGUAAGUACGUGGAUUGGUAAAAUACAUUAGUAUAGCAAGUAAAAUUGGAAUAAAUGCAAACCCAGAAUAGUAUUUUGAUCAAACGGUACAGUACAACUGCUCAAAAGUCUAAGUGUAGUUUUUUUUUUUUUGUGGGAGACCCUCGCAAGAUAUCAAAUGACAGUUAUCAAGAUACUCCAUUAUUUGUACAGCUGUUUGUAAUUUUAUCAUCUAUUAUGUUUUUUUUGUAGGCCGAUAAAACUUCAGUGUACGUCAUAUUUGGCUAUGAUAGUAAAUUCGAUCAACAAUAGCUCCUGAUAUUAACGUCUCUUAGAGAAAAUGGCCUUAAAAUAUUACUCAGCCUACUCCACUGAAAUGUUGAUUUUGUGUCCUCUUAGUGGCCACAUUAAGGCCAUAUAGAGUACCAAUUUCGUAUUUUGUUUAUUAACUUUUUAAAAUUGUUAUGAUUCUUUACGUUCUUGUUGCCGGAAACCACUGUGAUUGUUUUUUUUUUUUUACAUUUUAUGUGUAAUAUGGCUAAAAUACAUGUACGUGUAUUAACAUUUCAAUUCGAAACUAUUUAAUAUAGAAAUUCAGCAGUGCUGUUUCUAAAAACAGUUUAAAACCUAUUUAAUGGCAAAAAAUUCUGAAAAACAAGACCUCUUUCUUAUAUAUCAAUAUUUCCCAAUUGUUCAUCAAUGCGUUUGUGCUAAUUCUAGACUUUAAAAUUUAGAAAUUGUAGAUGUUGAUGAAUGCGAUGACGAUACCCACAAUUGCCACUCAGAAGCGACCUGCACCAACACAGUGGGUUCAUUUACAUGUAGCUGUGACGAGGGAUACACAGGAGACGGGAUACUUUGUGCGGGUAAUGAAAUAUCAAAAUACCUUAGCACUAUGCAAGCGUUAAUCUCACAAAAUAUCAUCCUAAUCUUAACUACUAUUUGUGUUUGAUAAUAAAAAAGAACAAGAUUUACCUUCAUUUUGGUGAAAAAAGUUGAUUGCACCUGUAAAGAAUUUGUAGUUUACAAUAAGACCGUUGAUCUUGUUAAUUACCACGUGCAACCAAACGUUGUGGUCACUCCCAUUCAGGCCCUGGUUACUCGAAAGAUGGAUAGCGCUCUUCACUGGAUACUGAUCACUGUCAGUGACUAGGUGUUCCAAAAAACCAAUAUUGUGUUAUCCCUUUGACCGGGAUUUAUCUUCAGAAUGCCACUAUCAACCGUUUGAACAACCAGGGAUAGGAACAUGAACCCACGAAAAAUUAUUUGCGCAUAAUAAUGUAAACAACUUAAUCUUUCCCGGCAAGGCUGCUUUAACAUAUAACUUGACCUGCUGUACUUUUUUGAUGAAAAUGUGAAUGCUCUGUCUGUUUUUAGCAAAAUUUCCAUUUUUCCAUAGAUGAGAAUGAAUGUGAAGCUGGGACGCACAGCUGUGAUGCAAACGCUCAGUGCAGCAACACGAUUGGUUCCUUUACUUGUGCCUGUCUUCAGGGUUAUGCAGGAAAUGGUCUGUCUUGUUCUGGUGAGUUAACAUGCUAAUUCAAUUGAAUGUCAGUAGAAAACAGGGUGGAAAUUUUAAGAGUAUGCAGCAAGUGCAAAUGAAAAAAUCCAAAACAAAACAAAAAAAUAAAGAGAAGCAACAACUCUCAAGCACAAAAGGCUUGUACUUAAAAUAGACAAAAUUACCAGGGGCGGCUGUAAACUUUAAGGGAGAGACCCAGGGGGGCCAGGGGGCCCGUUUCUCGAAAGUCCCGGUAACUUUUCGGGCCCAAAAUCAAAUAUUCAAAUCGAGAUAUGAAGCAUAAAAGGGCGGGUCCUGGCCAGCAAACUACUCCAUUUUGUUUCAUUAACUGAUACUUUUAUGAUAUUAGAUGCAAAAGUAUUGAAACCUAGAUCUUUAAUGUACACGGGAACAGCUUACCGGGCCCGUUAAUUAUAGGGACUUUCGGGAAACGGGCCCCAGGCCCCCAUCUCAUUUGUAGGCCAAAAUGAGGCCUGCAAGGCGGAAAAAUUAUUUUCGAGGACGGUUCCCGUGACCGGAUGCACGUCUCCCCUAGGGACGCAGCGAAUCUUCGGCAGUGAUCACACGAAGUGUCUAUCUCAUUUCAGUUCAAUGAUAUUGGUUCCAAACUAAUUUCUUUAGGGAUUGUUUUCUGUGAGGCGCCUACCUGCAACGACAAGUAUUCUGGUGAAUUCCUGCACACUGUGUUGUAAAUCACCCCUGAAAAGCCGCCAUCUUGAGGAGUGGAUAACCACAGGUGGCCCAAGAUCGAAAUAUGACCAUCGGCAUCGUUCGUAACCUUCAAAAUAAGGAUUUACGAUUCUUAAAGGAACCUAGAAAUGAGAAAGGAUUUAAAAAUCAGCUAACCACAUUAAGUUGCGGGUUUCUUUCUUUCCUUUGUGAUCCUCGACUCGAUCCAGGGCUAUUUUAUGGGCUCUUUUAGAACCGGUGUGGUAAAUUAAUGCAAAGAAAAGAAUGGAUGUAUAUAUUUUUGUUAGCAAUUGAGGUUUUCAGAAAGGUAAAUGAAGUCAUGUUGUGACAUAGACGGCACGAUGUUUGUGUUUUUAUGGUAAACGACGUUGGAUUUUCUACAGAUAUUAAUGAAUGCACAACCAGUGCUCAUGACUGUCACGCAGAAGCAAUCUGUAGCAAUACUGAUGGUUCGUUCACUUGCAAUUGUAACCAAGGAUACACAGGGGAUGGAGAACAUUGCGCCGGUAUGUUUUUAAUUUCUGUAUAAAGUUUAUACUUUCAGUUUUAAAUCUCUCCACCCAACAACACACCAUUUUUCCUUUUUGCAAUGAGAUGUCUAAACGGUCGUGUAAAGCUGCCCCAGCAAACAAUCCGCUUGAGUGCUUGCCCAAUUUUUGAAUGCAUUUCAUGUUGUGCUCAUAUAACUUCCCUCUAUAAAUCAUGGUAUAUUCUCAGAUGUUGACGAAUGUCAGGAUGGGACUCAUAACUGUGACUCAAAUGCUCUGUGUAGCAACAGCGUUGGUUCAUUCACAUGUGCCUGUUUUCAGGGAUACUCAGGAAAUGGGAUAGUCUGUUCUGGUAAGUAAAAAAGUUAACAAUGCCCUGGUGAUCAUGUGAUCACAUUGGUCUUAUGGAGGUUGUACGUGCGACGGAGUCGGUGAUGUAUCGAAUUGCAUUAUGCGGCUCUUUUGGGAACAAAUUCUUGCAUAAGAACAAUCUGAUUGGUUGCCAAGAAGCGGCGGUGCACCCCCCAAACAAUCCCGCGAUGCAAUUCGAUACAAGCCCGACCCAGUCUCCCGCACAAUCUCAACAAAAACUAAAAAAGCACUGAAUUUGAGUUUUCAUCUAAUUGGCACUAAAGUAUCAAUUAAGAAACUAUUAUUAAGUCUCCUACUGGCAACGGGACGUCAUCCGAGCCAGGAGGAGGUUUAGCUGUUUUCAGGGCAAAGGCAAUAUCUUCAUUUCUCAGUUAUUUUAAAACCAUGGGUGUUGGUCCCGCUCUCAGAAUCGAUCCAAUCGAAUCAAUUGCAGCCAAUUGUUCUACCGACUGAGCUAAUACAGCGUUGGUUCCAAAAUAUCAAUUGAAUAUUCACCUAAGAUUGCUGAGGAAAAUAAGCCACCCUUUCAAAAGUGUUCAGUUAAGACACCACCUAGGAUUUGAGAUUGAAAAUGUAGGUAAAAGUUAAUAGUAACUGCCCUGUUUUAUCUUAUUAUUUCGAAUCUGAACUGAGAUUAGCUAAAUUAGUUACACCGCCACGUUUAAAAAAAAAACAACAAUGUUUCAUCGAGGUGUUAAUCUGUGUUUCACUAUAAUGUGAAGAUAUGCUUAGUUGGUAUUGAUCAUUGAUAUAUCAUGAUUAAUAGCCUCAAUGGCUUCUUAAAAGCCGUUUCAUAUGUUUCUGUAGCUAAAAUAACACCAACGAUUAGAUAUUUCUGCUUAUGGUAUUUUAAAAACAGCAUUUCAUGUCAAUAACCAUCAACCACCAAAAACAACGAUGCAAUGACCAUGGACGGAAGUGAACGGGUGCAACUCACUUUGACUCUGAAGACGACUACCUUACAGAAACGUUAGUCACUGUCAAAAACAGUUCUUUCCAGGACAACGCUCACCUGGACGAUCACGCGCCAGACCUUUCACAGUUUUACCAUUUUUUGUGUUGUAACAGAUAUUGAUGAAUGCACAACAAAUGCGCACGACUGUCACUUAGAUGCGACGUGCAGCAAUACAGAUGGUUCAUUCACUUGUAGCUGUAAUCAAGGUUACUCCGGGGAUGGAAAACAAUGCGACGGUAUGUUUGUAAUCUCAGCAUCAAAAAAACCGAAAGAUUCCAUGUUAACCGGGGUGUCGGGGGAAGGGGGGAGCUGGGUCGCGGGGUUGUGGUUGCCAAGCGAAUAAGGGUGUUUCUUCUAUAUUCACAAAACAACUUUCUGCAAUUGUAUCUGUUUUACUUAUCGGGAACGCUUAUUGCAUAUUAGCACCGAGGCCAAUAAAUUAAAUAUAAACAUUGAAAAGUAAUCGUUACAGACGUAAAUUACAUCAUUAUAUCUCAAUUAGAAAUCACAUUUAGAGCCUGCAUAUAACACUUAUGAAAUGCCAUCUAUAAAAUAUGAUGUUUGAUGCUAGAGUUGACCGAAUUUAGGCUAAGGCAAUUUGUUGCCAAACGCUUUGACCCUAGCACUAAAGGCUGCUGCCUGGGUUUGUAGUGUGGACUCCCUCCUGAAGAAGGCUAUUAUAUAGAGAAAUAGCAGAUGGAAAAAAGGAAAAUUUGCACUGAUCAGUUCGUGCAGGGAAGUGAUUAAGUUUCAUGACCUGAAAGCGUUUUGUUGAACAGAGUUCGAGAGGUCUACACCGUUAAGAUUCUUGAAGGUCUUAAACUAAAAUUAAGUCGUUCACAGUUGUCACGCUUAGAAAAUAAUGGCCAACCUCGGGCGCCCAGCAUACAAGACUGCCCUGAGGUCGCAGUAAUAAUCGCUGGAGACGAAGAGGAUAGCUUUCCUUAUAAUUAGUGCUUUUUUUCAGACCUUAUUUUCUGUUCGUGUGUUACUCAGUAAUAUUUUAGCAACAUUAGUUGGUUUCUAUAGUAACGACACAUGACGUCAUAAAUGCUAUGAUUCUUUGGCAUUUUUUAAGGAAAAAGGAAUAUGUGAAUCAGGAGCAAAGCUGCAAAAUGUUUGAUUAAUACAUAUUCUAUAACUAAACUGAAUUUUCAACAAAACGGCAACCAGGAAGACAAUACUGUACUACAACAUAUAGAAAAAUACAACAGAACAUAACAUAACUCAAUUUACUUAUGAAAAAGGCUGCUCUUACACAUCCAAGUUAGAGGUCCAAGGAUGGAGAUAUAGAGAACUACCCAGAAAAGGAAUCAUCAUUGAAAAAGGAAUCUUCUUUUUUAACCACCCUAGGGGGAAUGUAUUAGAUAUCGUUUUGUAAUAUGGAGAAUCACAAACAUUCCAGCUUUAAAUCCAAGUCUUUUGACGCGGCUGUUUUUGGACAGUGUUAAAGGUAAUUGGUAUUUUGUUAGUCAUUAAUAUAUGCUUUCCCACUCAGAUAUAGACGAAUGCGCAUCUGGGACACAUAACUGUGACGCAAACGCUCAGUGCAUUAACACAAUUGGUUCUUUUACAUGCAACUGUGUCCAAGGAUAUUCAGGAAACGGUGUGGAAUGUUCUGGUACGUUUGUUGGCGCGUGAGCACUUUAUAUACUUAUUCGAGGUGACAAGAGCUUCCUUCAUUUAAGGGUAAUAUCUUAUUUCAAUCACAUAUACUAUUAUUCUAUAUCAAGAAAUUAUUGUACAAGCUCUGCAAACUGAACAGUGCUGGACGUUAAACCGCAGAUAUGAACGACCGAUGGAUCUGCAUUUGCCUCUGGCUCAUCAGGCUACAUCGUGACAAGUACAGAAGGCAUAAAACCCCUAUAUUGACCUAUAACUUUGAUCAUGAAUAACGCGCGGGGAGAUCAUGACAAUACAAUUUGUCCAUAAGAAGUUGUUUCAAAUGUUUGAUACGUCUGAAUGUAUAAAGUUAAAUCAAAUGCAAUCACACUCGACACCAUUGAAAAAGUUUCAAAACACUAGAUAGUGGCUUUAAAAAUUAAGUUUCUUAAGCCGACCUUCUGCUGUUUGGAUAUCUGAUGUUUUUUUCACUGUAAAAAGUAGUAAUUCAAAUGAAAUGUCUUCAAAAUGUUUUAGUCACUUGUCCAAAUAUUGGUAAGGAUAGCAACCGUUCUCACUUCAUGAACUACAAAUAGGGUCCAGUCCUCUUUUUUUAAUUUUAGAUAUCGACGAAUGCUCAGCAGUAAGUCACAACUGUCAUGGAGUGGCAAACUGUCACAACACAAUCGGCUCAUUCACUUGCAGUUGUCGCAGCGACUACACUGGGGAUGGUCUUGUCUGCGAACCUGUAGGUGAGGAGUAGUAGCGUAUAGUGGUAUUUUUGUAAUUUAUGUAGAAUGAAUCAUAACUGUCAGAUACCUCAUAUAUAUUCAGUUUUGUCAUGAGAAUCUAUAGUCAGAGAUCAUAGAUAACGUGAAAAUGUGGUAGGAGAAAAAGGGGGCAAACAAGCCAAAAGACUGUGGGUCAGUGAUUUUCUUACUACAUUUUGUCUUUUUAUGUGAUCUGUCACGGGGCAGCCACGUGGACUAAAUUUUGUUUUCUGUUAAUAACUGGGAAAAUUAAUAGCUCCUCAUUACUGGAUUGCGACCACAGGAUUUGUUCUUGAACGUCAACAAUUUAACAAAUUGCCUUGGUUAUUUAACCACUCUAUAGCAAGUAUAUUUCAGUUUUUGUUUCCAUUUUUUAAUUAACAGGGGACUUCACGGUGGUCAUCGUGGAUAUGUCCAAGGACAAAUAUAACGCUACUGUUGUCCAGCGAUCUGUUCAAAGUGUCCAACAAGCGCUAAUUGAAGGUUUACCAGAAAAUACGCCCGUGUUGCAAAGUGUGUUGCAAUGGCGUCUGGUGAGUGAAGCUGAAUUAUCAGCUUCAGAGUCAGCAGAAGGAACCUUAGAAAGAGAAGGAAGCAGUGAAUGGAUUAUAAAUAGGAGAUCCCUACCUGUGGGAAUCUACCAAGUAAAGUUUACUGCUUCUUUUCAAAUUGGAGAUUCAGGUGCUCCACAGACUAUCCAGGCGUUCAACUAUGGUUUUAUUGAGGUUAUUGCUGCACCUCUACGAGCCAUCAUUGACGGUGGCAGUAGUGCUCGAUGGGGAUCAGUAGAAACUGUUACAGUGGAUGGUUCACUAAGCUAUGACGGAGACGUUGGCCCUGGUAAUCAUGAUGGAGUCGAAUUUACUUGGUACUGCCGUGAGGCAAUUGAAAAUGGUCCAGUGAGCAAUGAUUGUUUCGGUGCCUUUGUUGAUGGAGCAAAUGCCCUUGCAGUUAUUAUUGACACCAGUGUACUCGAUGUAGGAAAGACCUAUGUCUUAUGUUUAAAUGUGUCCAAAGAUGCGAGGAGUGCCUUUGCUGAGAUGACAUUUGAGAUAGCAGCCGGGCAGAUACCUCAAGUAAAACUGAGGUAAAUGUGAUAAUGUAAUUGAUCAGGACGCUAUAAACGCCUCAAAUACAACAGUAAGUCAUGCAACCGAAACACUAUCUAAAGAAAGUCUUUGACACUACAUUUUUCUUGUAAUGGUAUAUGGCCCACUCAAUUAAUCGACUUAGCUUGUCUGAAAAAAAAAGCAUAUUGAAAUGAAUAAAGAAUUAAAUAGAUUUAUUGAAAACGGAAAUAGUAGUAACAAUAAAAAGGAGGCAAAAUAUUUUCGACAGAUGCAAAUCAUCUUUAUCGCUUAGAUUUAUGCUACCUGUGGAAUAAUUGUUUCAAUAGGCAGAAAACGAAACGUAACUACCUUUGAUAUCAAAUUUGCUUUGAUUUUAGGUGCUUUGUAGAUUGUGGAACCAUAGUCUCGGCUUCAAACAAGCUUCGAGUGACAUCGGAGUGCUCCAAUGUUCCUUGCGUUGAUUCAGUCUACCAAUGGCGGCUACAAAAGAAAAAUGAUGCGACGGAUACACUGGAAGAUGUUACUAUUUUCCCUAAUAUGACUUCAACAGCAUUAAAUGCGAGUAAUAUGAUCAUCAAGAAGGACGUAUUGCCCUCAAACACAAAAUUUAUCCUGAAGCUCAUUGUGACUUCGCAAUCAGGAUCACAAGGGUUUGGUGUACUGGAUUUUGAGACCGCUGGAGCGCCGCACAGCGGGCACUGCACGCCAUCGGUCAGCGAAGGCGUGGCACUUGAGACAGAGUUCAUCUUUGAGUGUUUGAAUUGGGCAGAUAAAAGUAAGCCUUUAAGCUAUGAAUUUCGUAUUGGAGACGAUCCAAUUUCUUAUGGAAACUCUCCAAAGUCUGUUUCAACGGUGUUACCAAACGGAAAACCAGAAGAUCAACACAGAGUGCAAAUAACGAUCAUUGUUAAAAACUUUGUUGGUGUGGCAGUUACAGAGACAGUGUUUGUAAAGGUAUUUUAAAAAACAUAUAUUUCUAUUUUUUACGUUUUUACCUUUAUAAAAUAUAGCGAUAUUAGUGAUCUUAAAGUUUUUUUCCCUUGAUCUACUCAGCGAAUUGUAAGAACAGGUACCUAUUCUGGUACACAUUCCUUUGAGUGGUAGCUCUUCUUGAUGGGUCGUAAUAUAAAGGUAAACACUAUAAACCAGGAGCAACAACAAUAGAGCCGCUAAACAUGUUGAUAAAUGCAUUGCAAAAAUACAGUAAUAAUAAAGCAAAUGCUUUGCCCAGCAAAGAUGUGGGCCACGAAUUGCUAAAAACUGUGAUAUGAAUAAAUUUAUUGCCUAAUCUCUUUGUAGGUGAAGCCAUCCUCCAAAUUUAAUCCGUGUUUUACACCAGUAGAUGAAGUAGCCAAUAUGCUAAACGGUCUUAUCGCGGUGAAGGACUGUAAGUUGGAUGAAUAUUUAAGAAAAGGGGAAAUCAGCCAGGCUUCACAGCUUGCAUUAACUGUCUUGAAGACAGCUAAUGAGACGCCAGAUUGUGGAAAAGGCUUAAGCAUAGAAGUAAAAACUUCGGUAAGUAACAUAAUGACAACGAUCAAGGUUUUUACCAUUUAAAGGGGAUGAAGGAUGUCUCUGGGCACUCAUUCUAUGCAUCACGAUGAGGCCUAAGAAAUUUGAGAAUUGAUAACAUGCAUGCAGCGCAUUUUAAUUGAAGAAUUUAUCAUUAGUACAACAAACAUAUGCCCUUGAAAUGGCUAUUAGCAGCUCUGAUUUAAGCAGUGUAACUGGGCAGUAAGAGUCAUCGUGAGCGACAUGCCCUCUGAUGUGGACUAGAAGGCUUUAGUUGCAUUUUUCUUUCUUGUUGAAGUAGUAUAACAGGAAUGUUUUACUCCUUUUUUUGCCAAGGAAAAUCAUUAAAUUACAGCUGAAAUCCCUUAUGAGUUUCUGCCUACGGGGAAUGCAAAAUGCGGUGGAAUCACAUUAAGAUAAGGUUACGUUCUAUUUUCAGGUGGCUUGAUCGGUUUGACAGGUUUUUUUCACUAGAAACCACCACUGUACAAUUUUGUUUGUAGUGUUCUCUGGAUAUAGUAUUUUUUUCCUACCUCUGGGAGGUCGGCCAUUAAGAAGGUCAUAAAGUGAACCUUGAAAUGAGGGCCUCAGUUCGUCUUGGAGCUGAUGUGCUAGCUAGGAGAGCCAUGGUCAUUUAACUACUAGCUAGACUCCUUCACGUUAGCAUACAGGUUUUUAUUCCUUGCAUGGUCGUUCCUUUUAAUAUUAGACUUGAUUCAAAACGUAUUAAGAACGCGUGUAAGUAUUAUCCAAUGGAAACUCCUGCCAAUGAAAAGGUACAAAAAGGUGAAGCAACUAUAUUUUACGUCGAUAAAUCGUGACAGUUAGAACUGAUGAAAUUGAGGUCGACGGUGCCCUGAUUUUAACCUCCUCUCUCUCUCUCUCUCUCCAUCAAUGGUCCGCUUUGAGGGUAUUUAAAGCUAGUCAAAGCUACACAGAAAGGAGGGAAGUUGAAACAAGGAUGUGAUGUCACCGGGGAUCGAACUCGGAACCUCUCGCACCGAAAGCCGCGCACUAACCAGCUGUGCCACCCGUGCUCCUAAUGCAAUUCAAUGCAAUAUAGGAGGUGAACCUUGUACCACUUCUCUGUUUGUUGAGUUAGUUGGGUAGUUAACUCUCUUAUAUGCACCGAGCUUGUAAAAUCUAUUGAGAUACUUUCUUAUUUGACAUUAACAUGUUAUCUCCUUGAAUGUUAACUCCAUGUAAUGCCUUUCAACGCUACCAGAUUUCGACAACAUUAGUGGAGAAAUUCACAGCAAUAAACCCAGAGACCCUGCAAAUGUCGCGAACGAUUAUGGCGGUAGUGAAAGUGGCGAUUGGAGAACAAGGAGAGCAAACAUGCGAUGACUGCAGUGACGCCAUGGUAACCAGCACAUUACUUAAGUUACUUAAGCCAUUCGAUACUCCUACUGAAAAUGCAUCUACCCCCAUCUGUUAAAAAACAGAUUUUCAACCCCAUUUUGAAAAGGUGUGUCUUUUGCUCUAAAACAUUUUUAAACGCCGGUCCUAAAAGUUGGAGACACCAAAAGCUUACAAUUAGAAAAACUCGCCCACGUAAAUUUGUCUUGCAUUAAUAUACGUGCUUUGCAGUGUAGUGUAAGUAAAUUGUACUGUUUUAACCAAUCAGAAUCGUACAAAAAAUUGCAUUCUGUCUUGUAGGGUGUUAACCUAAAAAAUCAAUUACUUUUUCUAAGACAUUAUACCCAUAGUUUGAGGUAUUACUGAAGAUCGCUGCAGAAGUGUACCCUUAGAUCCCGCAACCCGUUAGUUUAAUCCAGUCCUUUUUUUAAAAUUUGAUUUUUCCUUCUUUGUCUUUCUGAACCAACAACGUGGCAGAAUCGUGUUUCGUUGAACUAAUAAAUUUUUAUUUUUUUCAGAAUAAAGCAACAGAACUGACAGAGAAAACAACCGGCCUACUUUUGUCGGCUCUAAAUGACCUCGAGCAGCCUUUCAGUGCUGAGUUAGAUGAAGCAGCAACAAGUGUCACAAGCUGCCUUAACAAUGUACUACAAUCUGCAUCCGGCCAAUCGAACGGAGCAGCAGAAGAAGCUAAGGCAGGUUUGAAAAUUUUAUAAAAGACAACUUUCCCAUUAGUGUGGACACUCAAUUAUUUCUUAAUUUCGUUUUUUAACUUCCAUGCUAUGUUGUCAAAUUUGAAGCUAUACAAAAAAGGCAUCCUCGGAGACCCAGGGGCGGCUAGUCGGGACGAUAGAAUGUUCGAGGUAAAAGUUUACUGUAAGAUCUAUCGUCCCGACUAGCUGCCCCUGGGUGUCCGAGGAUGAAAAAAAGGUUGAAUACAAGACUUCCAUCAAUCUCUUAAAGGAAGUCCACGACAAACGUUACUAUAUCAAAAGGUGAAUCCUUCUGAGUGUUCACUGUGGGAAGCCCUCAACCCCAGUCCUCUCAGGUAUUCUGUUAUCAUUUGUUUGAAAGCUCUUGAGCUCUUUCACAGUAUUUGCCAAAUAAAUCUAAGUUGUAUGGAGGGAUAUUCUGGAUAUUCUGAAAGUUUUAUUGAUGCUGGUUGAAGCCAUUUAAAUCCAUGACCUGUAAAAAAAUUUUUUUCUAAAUGUCCAUUUUUUAACGGUGGAGCGCCAAACUAAUAAGAUUUAUGGAAGGUUUUAGCUAAUUUUAAAAUGGUUUUCUGUUAAGUUUGUAGCCUGGAUUCUGUUUUUGACUUAUUUCUUUUUUGACUGCAGGGGAGCGUAUUAAGAGCCUCGAAAAAUUUGAAUGCUAUGAACGAUGGAUUUUUUGUUCGCCUUGUUCCUUCCGAAAGUAUGAUCAUUAAAACUGCAAAUCUGGCUUCAUCACUUAAGAAGGUCUCUCCAAAGGAAGUUAAUGGACUUAGCAUGGAAGAAGGAUCAUCAAAGUUUCAGCUGCCAGGAAACCUUGGAGAAAUGGGCACGGAUAACGUAAAUGCAAAGGUAAGGAGCUUUUUGUUUCUUUGGAGAUGGUCGGCAUAUUUAUGGUUCGAUAACCGCGCAUAUAAACGUUCCAGGAUGUUAGGUGACAGUUAUGUCACGAUCUUUUUUAAACCCUAAAAACAGAUUGAAAUAACUGAAAACCCUGAAAUUAUGCUUCGGUUUUAUUUAAUAUUAGUCUACUAUACUUCAGCUAUCAACCUCAGCUACUUGUGCACAAGUAUGGGCCUUUGGCUUUUAAUAGCUAGGAUCAAGACGGAUUGCAACUUGAAAAGUUGGGCCAACAUUUUAGAGUUAAAAAACUUCUUUCUUGUAAAGUUAACUGAAACGAUAAUUGUUUUCACUUAGAUAAAACCAUUUGAUAGCUUUCUUUAGAGUUCCAAGUAUGAGAAAAGGUGACUGAGCAUACUCACCGACAAUUUCAACCCUGCCUUAACCAAUAAAUGUAGAAUUUACUAUGAAAAGAUUGCCCUUUUAAUGAUGUUUAUGAUGAAUUAAUGAAAUAAAGCCCGCUCUUCAACCUGAGUAUCGCGUCCUCAUUGGUCGACAGCUAUGGUCCUGUAAGAGAAUAAACGGAAUGAAGGCGCAAUUUUUUCUCCUCUUUCUCCUCACUAUAGGCAAGGGAAAGUUGCUGUUUAUUUAUUAGAUAAACCCGCAUAUUGUAAGCCUAUCUGUACGCGGUUUUUUGGGAUUUUUCCUUAGUGAUGAAAUUAAGAGACGGAUUGCAACUUGAAAAAGCUGGGCCAACUUUUUAGAGCUAAACGUAUUUCUUGUAAAUUGACCAAAAGAGAUAAUUGUUUUCAAUUGUACUCAAGGGAAAGUUGCUGUUUAUUUAUCAGAUGAGCCAACAGGUUUUAAGCCUAUCUGUAGGUAUUUUGGGUUUUUCCCUUACCGAUGAAAUUAAUCUAUAGCGGCAUCACACUUUUUCUAUUGUACGUAGAUGCUGACAUUGAAGUUUAACCCUUACACCUGGGACAACAGCAGCAGUGCGAUUCAGUCUCCAGUGACCAGCCUCGAACUUCAAAGUAACAAUGGGACAAAAAUAAACGUAUCGAAUCUCAAAGAAGACAUCGUCAUAGUGAUACCAAUUUCAGAGUCACCGACGAACAAUACAAACAACAGCGAUGUACCUGGACAUUCCUUUUUAAAGCCAAAUAAAAUGACUAUCCGAAGUUACUACGCGGACCAUGCGCACGUCCCAGUGACCAUAAAGAUGGGUAUUACGGAAAUAGGUGUCUUUGUUAUUGAAGUGUUCAUUAAAUUUGGAUUCAGACCCACAGUUGACAAUCACGAUCACAAUUUUACUCGAGAGUUUAAAUCAGUGUGUGAAAACCAAACAGAUGGCAAAAGCAACAGCUUGUCCUGUCUUCCAGAGGAAACAUCUAUGUUGGUGCUGCCACCAAAACGAGGUCUGCUUUAUGUCGGAAUUCUUUUCUUGGGUGCUACAAAUACCAGUGAACACUCCAGAGAAAAAAGAUCUUGUUUCGGCCACGGUCGUCAAAGGCGCUCCUGUGUUGGCUUCAAAGAUCCACCGCCAAAGGGUUUCACUAAAACGGUUACUCCGCAGUACAACCCUUCGACGGAUGUUAACUAUACAAUGGCCAUCACUCAAUCAAGCUGUUUGUAUUGGUCUGAAGAUAGGAACAAGUGGACAUCUGAUGGUUGCAAGGUAACCCAAAGUACCUAAUGCGCCUAUGCACUUGAAACGCUUGCCCUAUAUCCAAGGUUAAUUUCUUAUUCCCUAAAAAAAAAUGAUGUAAUACCAACUGGACCACCCUACCAUCUUUGGGACUCUGUGAGUCCUUAUUGCCCUAGAAAACGUCGAUUGAACCUGGGGAGGGCAGGGUGGGUACACGGUUACUUCUCAGUGUUACAAACCCGUGUUACAAUCUUGGAUCAAGAUAACGUUCUUGAAAACACUGACAACGAAAAAUACUCCCCAUCCCUCCAUAAAAGAUGAUGUUGAAGUCCACCCGGAUCAUUUCUAGUCUCCCUCACAGCCGUUUUUGUCUCGUCACAUACGCCCCUCCCCAAAGUGGAACGAGGUUCGAAUAUGAGCAGCCUUUUGUUGGGGAAGGAGCGUUGUGUGACGAGAUAAAAACGGCUGCGAGAAAGACAAGAUCAUUUCUCAUUCCGACUGAACAACUAUGGUCAGGGUGGGGCGAGGACAGGGGGCCAUAACGAUACCAAAUACGUGGGAUAGGCGUUCUGUGGGUAAGAAAUUACAAAAUUCGUAUCAAGUUUUGUCCAAGAUUGUAGCUAACUAAAAAUGUAAAAUGCAAACCUACGACUCUCGUUUGCAUGUUCAAUUCUACGUAGGGUUUGGUCCAGCGUUCUGCUUAAUUUUUUAAUCUUGAUAAGCAGCUUUUGAACAGCAUUGAACCUGUGGGAUGGGGAGCCUGAAGCAAAAAUGAGGCAAUCAGUGCUAACUCGUGUCGCUAGACAUUCUUUAUGUAUCAUCUUCCUAAUCUUUUUCCUUCUCCUUUGCACUGUUGUUAAUAACUGAGUCUUCUUUCGUAGGUUGAUCGAAGGUCGAAUACUACCCAUCUCAUUUGCCGUUGUAAUCACCUUACCUUCUUCGGGGGUAAUUUUAUUCAAGCACCAAAUCCAAUAGACUUCGACAAAGUUUUCACAGAGUUUGCAAACCUCGCUGAGAGUGGUAACAUUUCAGUACUGGUCACCAUUGCUUGCGCGUUUCUUCUUUAUUUUGUUGUACUAGUUUUUGCGAGGAGAGGGGAUAAAAGAGAUGAAAACAAGGUAUGUGUGAAAAUAAAUGUAUUAUCUUUAGCAUAUCUAGUGACACCCUAGGCUCAUCUGCAGACAUUUGUUCACGGUGUUAACACCAAGGCCGUGUCCAGUCUAAAUAGUUGUCGCUUACCCAACAUUUUCGCAUCGUUUUCGACCGUCCAAAAGUGGCCUUCGAAAACACACAUCUAGCGAUAAUUUUUCGUACCUAGGCCAUUGAACAAAGCGCAGAGUAUUACUCAGUGCGUAUCCUCCAAUACCUACAGUGUCCCACCAUACUUUCUUAAGAUUGCAAAAGCGAUCACCCAAAUUUAGAAACUGAAGAUCGCGACUGAAAAGACGCAUAUGCAUGCAGAUCCUUUCGUAUAGACAUGUGGUGAAGUUAAACUGUUGCAUGACCGAACAUGACCGAGCAUGGUUACAUAAUUUUAAAACCAAGUUUCGCCUUUUAUUUCAGUGGGAGAAAAGUUUCAAUAUUUUGAUCCGUUACUCUGUGGCGUUUUCCCUACGUAUAAGGAUGGGUCUAUUAAAAUUACUCGUUUCUCGCGCUACACUAUUUGUAGUUUUCAAUAGUAAUUAUUGUCUCGCCAGUAAGAUUAAAUUUGAUUACAUCAGCGUCAUAUAAAUAACGAAAUUUUGCUUCCACAUUAGAUGUGCCCUCCAAAGCAUGUAUCCAUUGUGGAAGAAGGGACCUAUCAUUACGACAUGGUAAUUUGCACAGGCGUUUGGAAAAAUUCGGGUACAACAGCAAACGUGACAAUCAGUAUUAAAGGUGAGUUAGAUGAGCACAAUCACAUUCCACUACGCAGGAACGACGACUCAAGUGAUCUGUUUGCAAGAGGAGGUAUAAACGGAUUUGUUUUGAUCGCUGAUGAAUCGUUGGGAACGUUGAAAGAAUUAACCUUAGAACAUGACAACUCAGGGUGCGGCCCUUCUUGGUUUGUGGAAACAGUUACAAUCAGAGACAGACAGACAGAAGAGCAAUGGACCUUCCCAAUAAACAGAUGGCUUGCGGUAGAAAAAGGUGAUGGUUUAACAGAAGUUACCGUAAAGCAUAGAAAUUUGGGUUCCUUCUCAGAUCAAGUUCGAAGCCGUUUCGGAAGAAAAAUUGCAGACAGUCACUUGUGGAUGUCUGUCUUUGGCAAGGCCUGUAGCAGCUCGUUUACUCGUGUGCAAAGAGCUUCAUGCUGCCUCUCAGUUCUCUUCAGCGCCAUGAUUGCCAAUGCUAUGUUCUAUAACAUUGGUGGGGAAUCAGAGGGUGCUAUUUACAUUGGACCCUUCAAGGUUUCGUGGAGACAAAUCGUUGUUGGUGUGCAAAGUGGACUGAUAGUUGCACCUGUAAAUAUAGUCAUUGUUUUGCUCUUUAAAUCGAGCAAGCCGAGGAAUACAAAAGCAGACAAAUAUCGGGAAGUGGAUCACGUCCAAGAACUCGUCGACAGAGUAAAAGACGAUGGUUGCAUGUUGCCUCACUGUUGCGUAUACCUAGCAUGGUUGCUUUGUUUUGCUACAACUCUUACUGCUGCAACCUUCACUUUAUUUUACAGCUUAAUGUGGGGCAAAGAAGUUGCAGAGCAAUGGCUCUCCUCUAUUUUGAUUUCAAAUGGUCAGGACAUCUUCGUUGUACAGCCGACAAAGGUCAUGUUGGCCGUGGUGAUAGUGUCAUUGCUUGUAACGAGAACCAAGGACGACAGUGAAGAUUCUGAAACAGAGAAUGAAGACGAUGUUAACUUGAAUGACAUAUAUCUAUUUUCUGAUGAUCCUAAACAGCGUUUUAAGCGCGCAAGGUUAGGAGUCAUGCGUGAACGAGCUAAAAAAGAACUUAAGUUGGCAAGCACGAUGAAAGAAAUUGUUGUUCAUUUGAUAUUUGUGUUUUUCUUGGCGAUAGUGUGUUAUGGAAACAAGAAUAGUAAUCGCUUUAUGAUGACUACCACUCUGAUGAAUCCUUUUACAAAGUUUGAAACGGUAAGGCCUUAUUAGUGAAGUCAUGUACUAGGGAGAAGCUGGAAUACUUUUAGUAGUAACUUUCAAUUUUCAACAUUGGGUUUUAGACAUAAAACCUGAUUUAAUGAAUAGAUUGACCAAAAAGACAAGAGUAUUCUAUCAAGUUUAAAACACAAGACGAAACGUUGUGUCUUCGACUCUGUAAAACUUAAAACUUAUUAGACAGUCCCAAUUUACUUUUAAACGCUGAAAAAUUACCCGUGUUUUUUCAGAAUAACAGACACUCAUUAUCACUGAUGUGGUAUUUUCUUCAUGAAUUAUUGAUGAGAUUUUUGAAAUGUAGUAAUACAUUGAUUUUUUAGUUUGUGUUUGCGUCUCCGCGCCCUGUAGUUUUAGUUCCGGUAUAAAAUUUCACCUUGCCAUGCAUGUUCUUUGAUUGGCAGUGAUGUAGUAACACUGUAGAGAGGUGUUACAUGUUUCUCCGGUGGUCGCGUUUACAGGAGGUUUCCUGACUUUUGUCGCCGCGUGAACCUAGUGUUGGCGUUCCCUCUGUCGUAUUUUCGACUAACUUGUUUCAGAACCAUCGCAUUUCAUUGGACUACCGUCAAUUCCAUACCUUUUGGACUAGCGUUAUGCGUCCGUUUUGAAGAGAUGUCCGUCAUAUAGAGGUGUCCUUUCAAUGGUUGAAUGUAUAAACAGCGGCGCUAUUAUCAUUGCAGGUAACUGGAAGAUACAAACUAUGGGGUUGGAUGAGACAAGAGUUCCUCCCAAAUAUUUACAGCCAUCCGUGGUACAAUGGACGUCAAGAGAAAGAUGUGUAUGUUGAAAACAAGGUGUCCUUAUUGGUCGGUAUGCCAUGGAUGAGGCAACUCAGAGUGAAAAAGAGUAAGCUUUAUAAUUUAGAAUUUGCAAAACCUAAUUUUAAAGCGACAAAAAAAAUUCUGAUUCUUAUGCCUUAUAAUAGUUAGUUUAGCAAACUGGUUAUAAAAGGGGGCAAACAACAAAAAUGUACAAUCGGAAUGAAUAAGUGCGACUUUUUUUAUUAAAGUGAUUUACAAACCACUUUUUGUUAUUCGGUUAUCCUUGAAAUGACUGAUACGUUAACUAGGUAUUACGUACAUUCCAUAAAGUCAAAGUUACAGAAAGGCGGAGAAACAGAUCGUCUUCACUCGCGUGGCCAGUAUUUAUGUAAAUUUAUUGGAACAAAAUAAAGCGUUUUCGUAAGAAAGGAGUUCGACUCCUACAGGAUUAGUUUGGGACACCAAUAUGGCCCCCGUGACUUCAUGUGAAAACGAUCUAUUCCGUUGUCUUAGGCCAGUCUAAUGUAAUGCUGCUUGCUAAAAAAUGAUAGAAAAAGUGUUUGUUAUAUAUUUUAAUUGUAGGUUCUUGCAAAUCACUAGCUGAGCUUUUCCCAGACUGCCUCUACGAUUACUCAAGUGAGGGUGAGGACACCACAUCACUGAGUCUUCCUGGAUGGAAACAACUCCCUUACAAUACUUCAUGGCCAAAGGCUCUUCAACUGUGUCCCAAACCUUGGCGUUAUCGCACAAGUGAAGAACUAGACAAUGGUCGAAUAACGGGGACCUACAAUACAUAUGAAGGAGGUGGCUAUGUCGCUGUCUUGGGAUACGACGUAGAAACUGGCCGAAGUGUCCUUGGUGAAACAUUCGGUCAUGGAUGGGUUGAUCGCCAAACGCGAGCAGUGAUAUUAGAGUUCGCAGUUUUCAACGUUAACACAAAUCUUCUCAGCAUAGCCACGUACUUUUACGAGGUUCUUUCCACUGGUGCUGCUUACACAGCAAGAACGGUUGAAACGCUCGACGUACAAAGCACUGAAUCAGAAGCUCAAAUGUUCUACCUAAUCUGCCAGUUCCUUUUCAUGGCCAUGGUGUGUUAUUACCUCAUCAUGAUGUUUUACAACUUCUACCGUAGCCGCCUUAGCUUUUUCAAGUCAGUAUGGAACAUGGUCGAUUUUUUCAUGAUCAUAUUCUCAGUAUUGGCAGUAGUGUUUUACGUGAUCCGAUCUAAAACUCUUCUAAAAAGCAUCAAAUCUAUCCAAAACAAUCCAUAUGAUAUCGUACAUUUUCACUCCUCUUUGACUUGGGCUAGUUGGGAAAAUGUUGCAAACGCCUGUGCUAUUUUUAUGGUAACAGUUAAACUUUUAAAUCUGAUUCGAUUUAAUCCUUAUGUAAUAUACUUGUUUUCGUCUUUCCGUCAGUCGGUAGGCUACCAGCUGUCGUACGUUUUUAUCUUCCUGAUAAUGUUUAAUGGCUUUGUUAUAUCAGGAAAACAAUUUUUUGGUCACACUGUCCUUGAAUACUCUAGUUAUUUGCAAGCAGUGAUUUCUCAGUUUGAAUUCCUUCUGGGAAAAGCUGUCCCACUUGAUGAUUUAAGACGUGAACACCCAAUUCUUGGACCCUUAUUCGUUUUCAUAUACAUGAUAAUAAUGACAAUUGUCCUUAUGAAUAUGUUAGUUUCGGUUCUUAACGAGUCCUACAUCGACGCUAAAACAUACGUAGAGGAAAGUGCUGAGGAACUUGAAAUAGCCCGCUUUAUUGCGGAAAGAUUUGAAGAAAUGUUAAGAGGCAACAGGAAGCGACCAGAAUUCAAGCUAUAUUGCGAUGAAGCAACGUAUUUCAACAUGUGCCAGUCAGAGGCGGAGCCUAACUGUUUAAACUCUAAAAGUAUAAUUAAGUGUACAGAAGACAGACUUGAAAUGGUUGAGAAACGACUCUCUGCUCUCACUGGAAGCGCAGAAAAGAUAACUGAUGAUAAUGAACUGGAGGAAACUGAGUUUCUCAACCUCCUCCAGUUAGUGGCCAAACAUGAUCGCUAG